ACACAGCCGGGCGACAUCGUGCGAUCCGGAGUCACCCCCCUCCCGCUCCCCGACGCCUUUCCAGCAGUAGCAGCGGCAGCCACCCACUCCCGCCACCCAGCACCACCCAGCUUGCCUGGCGGCGCGCGGGCUGGGCUGCGAGGAGAGGGGAGGUGCUGGCUCAGGCUCCGUCUCUUCUCCCUCCUCUUCCUCCUCUCCGAUCCCCUUUCCCUGCGGGAGCGAGCGCUUUGCAAGGACAACGAAGGCUCUCGAGUGCGGGGCGGACGAGGCGAAAACACCCGCCCCCUUCCCUGCCCCGCGGUAAAGCCGGGCAGAAGCGCCCAGCAGCCAGCCAGCCAUCGCCCUUUCUCCGCCAGGAGGCAUGAGCACCUGCGACGCCAAGGAGUAUCUGGCCAAGAGGGAGAUCCCGCAGCUUUUCGAGGUAAAAACCCUCCUCGCCAGCCGGUGGACCCCGGCAGCCGCUCACCUCUUGCCUCUGGACCCUGGGCGGAGCAAGUUCCCCCGAAGUCUAGGGGAGAGUCACAGGAUGGAGAGGGGGGGGGCGAGGCUGUGGGAUCUAGGGCAAGGUGGGAGCACACGGAGCAAGGGCAGCUGCCCGGCAUAUUGAAGGGGCAAGGCUUGUUUCGAAGGGAGGAAUGUCACUUACUCCAGACUUCGCCUCCGACCUCUUUCACCUUCUUCCUGCACAGUUUUCCAAGAUCUAAAACGAUGGUUGCGGUCUUUUGCCCCUUCCAUAGUACCGGCUGGGCAUUCGUGAUUUGGGCGACAUACGAGACCCUACAGGCAGAGGGGGGAAUUGGGGUAGUUAGUACGGCAGGGGAAAAGGCAUCCUCCUACCCCUGUCUGCUUGUUUUGGGUACCCAAAGAGAUGCCUUCGCUUACAGAACAGAUUGUGCAUCUUCUCAGCCCCCUGCCUGCUUCCCUUUGCCUUGCUCACCUAGCCUGAUUCUGCGGAGCAGAGAGGAGUUAACGUUGUCCUCCCACUCUACUUUUAAUGGAUCUGGAAUCUUUCUUGACUCCGGUUGCCUUGGCUCCUCUAGCUGCUUGUAAGGCAGCAUUGAUCCGACCUUGUGAGAUGUGAAUAUGUGUGGAAUUGGUGAUCAGAAAAGCAGGAGGCAGGAAUGUGUCAUCUCCCAUGGCAUUCUCUGAAAGCUCUACAUAUCUUGACUCCAGGGUGAAUGGAUGGAGCAGUCAGUGGAGAUGCUGCUGCAGUUUAUUUUCUCCUAGGUUGCAUGCCUCAUGCAGCCAUGAAUGUUGCUUCCUGUGAUCAAAACUGUGAUAUUUAAAAGGGAACAUGAUUGGGUAGCUAAAGUGAAAAGACAAAGUCAGUUGCUUGUGCUACUUGAGACCUAAAGGGAUUUGGUCUCAAGCAUGUUCAUCUGAACAUUUUGGCACACUUAGGGUCCCAGUCUCCAUUCCAAAGAGUAUUUUCACUGUCAUUGCGUCAAAUCUGUUUAAUGAGAAUUUUUAACCAUAACAUAAAUUCUCCCUUCCCUCUGCUGGUGUUUACAUUUGUCUCAUGGAAUUCUUACUUUAGGGGAUUCUCUAAGAAAUAUUUCUUUCUUUUCAGCAAAUGACUGAAAAUACCUAAGAUGAAUGCUGCAUUUGUGAGUUAUUUAAAUGUUUAAAUGGGUUAAUUAUAAUUAACCCACUUGUAGUAUCUGAACAUAACAGUAAAUCACAAAUGCUACAUGCAGAGAAGUUUAGAAAACUGUAAGAUGUUUUUAUACAAACACUAUUUUUGUGUAUUAAGUUAUAGAUUAUAAAUAGUAAAAUUAUUGAUAGAAUAGUUUUGGGGAGUGCAGUCCUAUACAUGUCUACUCAGAAAGUAGCUCCAUUGAAUUCAAUGGAAAGUGUGUAUAACAGUCAAGCUAACACCCUAAUCGUUUCAAGGUGCCUAUGGUAUUGCUAUGCUAUUGUUAUGUUAUUAAUCAUUAUACAACAUAUCUAAUAUCUAAAUAUCUUACAAUCUAUAUUCUUGCUUGUUGUCACAAAAAAAUCAGUAUGAUAGGUCACUCUUACUCCCAUUUAAGCGUUAUAAACAUGAGGCAGUGGGAUUACAUGGGAGCUUUUGAUGUUUGAUACAGAAGGAAUAAAUUUGUGCCAGGACAACAUAGUUUCUGCUUCAAUUAAAAAGGUGAUUCUACUAUGUACAUUAAUUCAUGCAAAUGAAGGACAUUUUGAUAUAUUUGCUUAUUUUGCAAAUAUCCACUCAUUAUUUGUUCUCUCUUCUGGUCAUAGAGAAGAGUGAGAAACUAAGUAAAGCUCUACAGACUUGCCCAAUAGUUAUCUUGCUCGAUUGUCUUACUAUUCACCUAUGCUUCUGAUGUUUCACUACACUUCCCCCACACUUUCUCUACUGUUUUCAAAGCUGUAAGACACAGGUGUGGAACCCAAGAUCUGAUCUCAUACAGGUAGGAGUGGAGGGAGCCUUAGGUGGGAGAGAAUGGAAGUAGGGAUGGGAAAUGGGAAAGCAGAAAUAAAUAGAAGGAUGGAAGGAGGAGGGAGGUAUUAGCGUAGACCUUUGGCAAGAAUGGUAUGUUCUUCCUUUGGCAUCCUGUUGUGCUGGGAGGAAGAAGGGAGGGACGGGGAGACUAUUCCCCUCCACACACUGCUGUAAGGGCUGGAAACUUUUAAAAACCAAUACAAACAGGGACAUUGACAGGAUGUUGACUUUUACACUGAACAGCAGAAUGUGCACAGGUUUGUUCAUAAUAAAGGUAAAGGUACCCCUGCCUGUACGGGCCAGUCUUGCCAGACUCUAGGGUUGUGCGCUCAUCUCACUCUAUAGGCCGAGAGCCAGCGCUGUCCGCAGACACUUCCGGGUCACGUGGCCAGCGUGACAAGCUGCAUCUGGCGAGCCAGCGCAGCACACGGAACGCCAUUUACCUUCCCGCUGGUAAGCGGUCCCUAUUUAUCUACUUGCACCCACCCGGAGGUGCUUUCGAACUGCUAGGUUGGCAGGCGCUGGGACCAAACGACGGGAGCGCACCCCGCCGCGGGGAUUCGAACCGCCGACCAUGUGAUCAGCAAGUCCUAGGCGCUGAGGUUUUACCCACAGCGCCACCCGCGUCCCCUUUGUUCAUAAUAGUUAGCAUGAAUUGUUAUACAGAUUUGACAUAAUAAUUUGACAAGUUGCAUUGUAGCAAUCAAACUGUUUUGGCUGGGAUGUGUGUGUGUUCUUUCCCCUCCAUCCCUGUGUCUAUCUUUUAUUUUCUGCAACAUACCAACUUCUUAUAUACUUUAAUGCAAGCUGGUUCCAUAGUGGAGGAGGAUGUUAAUCAAUGACGCAAGUUAAAACUUUUUUAAAAAUUCAGUUUUUAAAAUUCUCUUUGAUUAGCAUCAUGCCCCCACAUUUUGAAUUUGUUGCCCAGGAUAUAAUAUCUCUCUCUGCUGGCAGCUGUCAUCUGGAGAUUUGAAGCAACUCUCAUCUCGCUGUACCAUCUGAAUUGAAAAAGACAGUCUAAGUGGUGAAUUGACGUCUGCAGACACUCAUGGUCUGGAUGUGGGUCAAUGAACUAAAACUGAAUCCAAACAUGAAUUUUGUUUGGGGUGGGGGGCGGCCUCAAGACCAGGAAUUGGUAGGACAGGCUGUUCUAGACAGGCAUUCCCCUUGGAGGAACGGAUGUAUAGCAUGGGGGUACUUGUGGGGUCAUCAUUGUUACCUGAAGCCCAGGUGACCUCAGUGGCUAGAAGUGCUUAUACUCAAUGUCAACAAGUGUGCUGCAGUUAUCUAUACACAGGUAACUUGUAGGUUAGACUAUUGUAAUGUGUUUUAUGCAGGGCUGCCCUUGAAAAUGGUCCCAAAGUUACAAGUGAUGCAAAACACAGCAGCUAACAUAUUAUUGGGUGCCCUAGAGCCCUUGCAAGUACCAUCAACCUGGAAAUAAUUGUACUGAUUACCUGUUUGUCUUCUGGGGAGACAGAAGGCAGGACAGCAAAAGGAAAAGUAGGCUCCCUGGGGAGCUAGAAGGGAAUAUGAGAGAAAGGGGGGCAACUAUACAGAUUAUUAUUAUUAUUAGAUGGCUUUCAUACAAAAUGUGUCUCAAAGGAACCAGCAAAUUAAGCUACAAAUAAUAUCAAAGGCAUUAAAACCACAUUUUAAAAGUCAUAAAUGAGAGAAUAUCUUAAAAAAGUAAUGCAUCCAUGUUAUUUUUUUAUUUUUUUAUUUAAAGGCUUUUAUAAGCCACUUAAUAUUUUAAAAAUCUCUAAGCAGGGACAAAUCCUACCCACCCCACUACAAGAUUAAGCAUUACAGAUAGGCCAAUGCGCUCCAAAUUAACAACCAAAUGCCUGGAUAAACAUAAAUGUUUCAGCCUGGUGUCUAAAACAGACAGUGAUAGUACCAGGUGUGCUUCCCUGGGGAAUGCAUUCCCCAAAUAGGGAGCCACCACUGAAAAGGCCUGUUCUCAUGUUGCCACCCUUCAGUUACCAGCAUGUAGACAACAGAGGUUAGGCUAAGCCUGUCUAGAUAGGCUUGCAGCUGAAUCACUAGCUAAAACUGAUGGAAGACAAUUUGCACCAUCUUGGCUACUUGUGCCCAGAAUGACAGUAGUGGAUGCAGAAGUAGUCCCAGGCUUUGCACCUGCUCCUGUAGUUGGAGAGCACACCUACCACCACACCUGCAAAUGUAAAGGAGAAAUAGAGCUGCAUGUCAUCAGUAUAUUGCUGACAGUACAUCCCAGAUCUCCAUAUGACCCCACUCCGUGACUGAUGUGGUCAAUGGGAGACCCCCGCGGGACCUCACAUUGGAGCCAAACAACAACAUCCCCCAUUUUUAUCAGUCAUGAGAAGCAAGGUGCACAACUCAUUGUCCAAACCAAGCACCUGGUCUAGCUGUACUAACUGAAACUCAUCCAACACAACAGGGCUAAGGAAUGCUUUGGAUCCCUUUUAGAUUCAUCUGCUUAAAACCAGAGUUGAGGUCCCGGCAGAUGCAAACGAUUUUAUCCUCAAAAUGCUUUGCAAACAAGUCACAGCAGGCCACUGUGUAUUCUGCACCUCCUUUGGACCAGAAUGUUCUGAUGGCAGACCAUCCUAAUAGGCCCUCACCUUUGUGGUGGGGGAAAGCUGCUGAAAGCCGAAAUCUCAGCUGGAGUAGAUCCAACCCAACCAUUAAAAAGGACUGAUGUUGCAGCCCCACCCACAGUGAGACCCACUUUGCCAGAAUUCAAAUUGCUGGCUGGCGGGAUCUCCUGUCACACCAUGCAGCCGGCCAGAGAUUUCCCAACUGCUGGCUCCCAGCCAGAUGUUGCUCCUGGGGUGCUUGGGCCCCAGCACUGCUGGCCCACAACCACUGCCCACCCCCAUACCAUGGGAGUGGCCAUUACUAUCCCAGAUUACGCACUUUCUGCCCAUUACAGACAACCAGAUUUAGAGCGUGGCCUACUACAUGCCUUGGGCUGACCUUUAUUUGUUAUACACAAGAUACACCAUAGUUAUAUCUUAUGCAGUGUUUAUGGGACAGAUAUAUUCUUUGUACAUAUGAGAAGACGUUUUGAACUUUAAAGUGUAAACUGUUCUUUUGAACUAUUCCGAAGAGGCUUAUUGUGAUACCGCCCCUUUAAGACUGGUUUAUGGGAAUGGGUUAGAACCUCAGAAAUAAUGAGCUUACAUACAGCUGUCUUCCGAUAAGGCUUCAAGGCCGGUGUCACAAGGUAAUUGGGUGGUCUAAGUUCCCAUAAACCUGGAUUGGUGGGAGCUCUUGGCAGCCAGCCAAACCGAGGUCUGCAUCUAUUUGGGCUUUUGACAGCAUCUUGUUCUGUUGCUCAGCCUAGUGAGAUUUAAGUGUAAGUGUUUGUUAAUUAGUUGGAUAAGUUAGUGUUUGUUGUCUUCUUACCUUCUGAGCUAUUUUUAUCUGUGUAAUUAUUUACCUUUAUCAGUGUAAUUAUUUCUACAAGAGAGGUUUUCUCAUAGGGUUUUGUUUUAGUAAAGUUGGUAUAUGAUUUUAUGAAAUUUGGUCUGGUCUGAGUUCCUGAACACUUUAAUUUUGACCAUGCUUUUCGGACCAAGGCUGCUACAGUGCUAUGAGUAAACCUGCCAGCUUCAGUUUUGAGGCUACAGCAGUUUAUCUCUACUUCACAAAACUGUAACAGUACAGCAGUUAUGUAAAGUGGUUGUUUAACAGAUGUUGCCACAUCAUAAAAAUGCAUUAGGUUCUUCAGGUCACAUAUUUCUGGAGUUGCACAUUUUUCUCUGUGUGGAAUUACAGAGCACACGCAUUUACCAUGGAGUCUUUGUUUACUAUGACAAAUAGUGUGAUUUACAAGGAGUUUACACAUCUGUUCAAUUGGACAAAUUGGCCUUAUGUGAAAAGAUGUCAGUAAUACGCAACAGUUUAAUGAUUUUACAUCAUGGUGACUUGAGCAAAAUAAAUCUGGGCUUACUUAUCACUUCUCACUGUUUACUGUACACAUCGGGGAUGUUUAUAUUUCAAGAACACCCUGUAGUUGUGAUUUUAAACAUACUUAGACCAUUCAAACAUUCAAGAAAAGAUUUUGGCACUAUCCACUAGGACCAUAUUGCUUUGGAAUGCAAAUGAGGAAUCAUGUAAUUGAAUUAUGUCUCAAAUCAGAAAGCCCCUGCAUGUGGAAUAUUUACCCGAUUGGGAAGAUAAUGAACCUAUUCAUUAACGUAUUUAUCAUCCACAUUUUCAUAAAAUAUAUCAAUCAGCAAAAAUAAAAUCGGCAAAAAAGCAUCCAUGAAAACAACAUUAAAAACAUCAAACAUAAAUGAUGCAGCAUUCCCCGUAUUAGAGGAAGAAUCUAAUAUGCCAGAUCUUUCAAAUACAAAUUGCCAGCUGCCUUUUAAAGUGGUAUAGCCUGUAGCCUACAAUACUACAUGCUUUUUAGGGAACAUUUGUGUAUUUAUUCAUAGGAAGGUGAUGUGUAUUGAUACCCAAAUCAUGAAUUUCACAGAAUUAUAUGAGUAGAAGAGAUCUAAUGAAUCAUCCUGCUAGGAUAUUCUUCACCAACAUUCAUGAAUUCAUUCAGUAACAGUGGGGUUUUAAAAAUAAAUAAAUAAACAAUGCAUUUACUGUUAUGUGGAGCAGAUGCUCUAUAAAAUGGGUAUAAUUUACUGUGUCAUUGGUGGGUGAAAAAUGAAGUGAAACAAAUAGAAAACAUCCUACAAUUUCCAUUUAUUUAAAAUACUCUUCCAGGCAUCGAGCAGGGCCAUAAUGAUGCCUUUAAGCAGCUUUUGUUGUCAUUGUGAUCAGUUACCAAUAUGUCUGCUGAAUCGAAAUAUAGUCAUAAUUCAACCUAUUGAACUUAAUGGGUAUUACAUUUAUCAUGACUAAAGUCCCAUUGAUUUCAGGGGGCCCACUAGGGGCGCAUUGGAAGAUGGCUAACAAUAUCAUCUCUCCGACCCACACGGGGUAAUUAAGAGGCUGUUAUGGGAGUAGGCAGCCUCCCUUGUUGCCCCAAGGAAAUGGGGAACACUGCCCUUGCCUGCUGUGCCCAUAAAUCACCCCCUAAUUCGAAAGAAGGGGGUGAGGGCACUAGGCAGAAUGCCCCCGUGUGGACCUCGGCUCUCCUGGACGCUGUCUCUGAUCGCGCACUAGCUGCAGCAAUUUGGAAUAAUUAAUUACAAAAGAAGCAAAUGCACAUAUUUCAAGUGAAGAAGGGAGUGAAGUCUGCUAAUUUCAGUUACCUCUGCGAAAGAAGACGUCGAGUUGGAGAAACAGGAUUAUUUUUCGAUGAAGAUACACCUAAGGCUGGGUAUGUUGACAACGGGACUGACUUUUUGACUUUCCUUCUAUGUGAUUUACAAGAACCCCUCCUCAUUAGAAUCGUUGGUUGAACUGACCCAAGCAGGAUGAUUAAGGUCUGUGUGGAGAUAAACUUUAACCAAAAGUAUGCUUUAUGGAGAUCGAGAAGCAAUAAGAGCUUUUGGAAUGGCGCAGCAAUUAAUUCGGAAUUGCCAUCUUGCCAAAGGAUUUAUAGCUGGGAGGAGGAACGGACUUGUUUUCAGACUGCAUUCCUGGUGAAUCUCCUCAGAGGUUUUGAGAAAGGAGGCAGACUGGUGAAGAUUAAUGACGCUAAGACUGUUUUGAUGUAUGGAAGUGAUGUUAUAUGGAAAACGUCUGGAUAUGGUUACUGGAUUAAAAAAAAAAAAUAUCCACGCAGGAUUACAAACUGUUCUAACCAGCUUGUGGAGACUAUCAGAGGUCACAAAGAGAAAGGAAAAAGAUAUGAAAAUAACAAGAGAUGUGGAAAAACAAUAAGAAAGGACUGGAUAGUACUGUGAAAAUCAUAAGGUUAGAUUUGUGGACAUUAAAACAGCAGCAAGAAGCAAGAAGUUGAUUGGAUCCCCUUCGGAACUUGAAAUAUGGGUCCCCCAACAACAAUUUAAAAUUCGGCUGUGUAAUUUGGAAUUUAUGUAAUUUGGUUUGAUUUGAUGUGAUUGGUCGGUUAAUAAAAAAUUAUUCUUAAAAUAAAGUCCCAUUGAUUUCAGUGGUUCUUUUCUAAGUGUGACUAAGUAGGAAAAUAAUCAGGGAAACUUAUUCCAUAACAAUAUAGAAGUCUUGAAAAUGAUUUGCUAUUCUAUCACCAAGUGCUUCAGUAUAUAAUACCACAUGUAUAAAUUACCAAUGUGUAUUACUAUCUGGGUGGGGAAAGGGAAUGGGAUUUCUGAAUUUUUAUUGUUUUGUGCUUCAGCAAUUUUAUGAACCUAACAAAAUAUUGCACAUAAGCUUUGGGGCAUAGAUUUAAGAGUUCAGCUGUACUGAGUUGGUUGAAAUAAAUAAAUAAAUGGGGGAAACCAACUCAUUUGGCAAUUUUGUACCUUAGCAGUGGUCCUGUAAUACCCUAAUCUACAAAUUGAUUCAACAGGUAUGUUUGGAUUGUUUCCAAGGCAGUCCUAUUUAAAUCAGUGGCAUUUAACUUGUUUAGCUUUGUUGAUUAAGAAGGCCUAUGAGUACAGGUGACCAUGCAACUAUACAAUGGUAUGUGUUCAUUGGAAGCGUUGUUUAAUGAAAAAUGUUCAUAUUUCAUGCUUUUCCUAAAAGCAAAAAGCAGCUAAUCAAGUUUUCAUGUGCAGCAAUGUUAUGUUUUCAUAAGUCACACUUGUAAUUUUAGGAGGUUUAAACCUGUGCAAUUUCUUAAGUUUGCCAUAAAAUGGAAACCUGAAAUAACAGGAAAAAAUGGGAUUGGUAUGUAACGAAGUUAAUUGUUAGACUACAAUCAUGUUUUCAACUUCAGUGGCUUAUAAAUCACUUUGGGGCAUUAUGUUUCAGAGUCUGCUGAAUGGAUUAAUGUGCUACAAACCCGAUGAUCCAGUCGAAUACCUGGAAGGUUGUUUACAAAAAGUGAAGGAGCUGGGAGGAGCAGAAAAAGUAAAAUGGGACACCUUUGUCAGUCCAGAAAAAAGGACACUACCUUCACUGAAUGGCAGCCAGUCAAGAAGAUCCUUUUUGAGGAAUGGUAAGAUUUAUUUAUUUUUGUAUCAAUUUUAUGUUUCAGCUUGGAUUCAGGUGACAAGCUGAGUAGAAUGGGUAAGCCACUCACUGUAUGAUUUGAAGAUGGUAGUGAUGUGGGCGCAUUGAACAUUUGUUUAAUGGUUUAUUAGCGCAUUAAUUAAUUGUGAUGUGAUCAUGAUUUGCUGCCUUGUGGCUUCUGUUAGUGAUAUGUGACCACAUUACAUAAAUGGGAAUCACACCAAAUAUAAAUCAAUCAACAGCUGUAGAAGGAUCCAUCUUCAUUUGAAUUUUGAUUCUAAUUUAGAUUUAUUGCUGAAUAAUCUUUAAGUAGAUAAGGCUGUAAUUCUAUGCACUUAUUUGGGACUAAGCCCCAUGAAACAGUGUGGGCCAUAUGAAUAGGCAGGAGUGGUGAGCUGUGGCUUCCAGAUGUUGCUGGACUACAACUCCUAUUAUCCAUGACCAUUGUUCCAUGCUGGCUAGAGCUAAUGGAAGCUGGAGACCAGCAAUACCUGGGUGGGGGACGGGGGGGGGGCAAGUGAGUGAGACCUAUGAUUUCUGUAGAAAAAUAUGCCAGAUUUGUUGGAAUUCCAGUUGAAUGGAGCAGUCUUUACAGUUGGAGAAGGGAAAUAAUGUUCCUUCCUAUGUAGCAACUCCCUCACAAGGAAAAGACUUAUAAUCUGCUUAUCUUCAGUUGACUGGCAUUGACCAGUCUGAGGAAUUGUGGUGCUUUCUAAAGUUUACUGAAGUUGUAUAAAGAACAACUUAUUUACGAUGGGCAAAAAUGCAGAAACUGGAAUGCUCUGAAAAGCCUUACUAGUGCCAAACAUAACAAACAAAUACAAGCAAGUGUAUUUUCUCAGAAAUACCCAGUGCCUAGUCAUCAUAUACAAUAACCUGAUUGGCAUUGCUGAUAUAAUUAAUAUGGAUUAGUUAGAACACCUAGAAAGCUGGGUAUAAAUCAGCUUGGAUUUUAAGCCAUUCCAAAAAUCGGACUGGGAUAACAUACAAUGUCUAUACACAAAGGAUACAUAAGGAAAGUACCUAAUUAUUUUGCUGUUGUAAAUGUUCCUAUAAAGCUACUAGAAUUCUAUGCAAUUUCUUGCUGUAGUUUUUCCUAAGCAAUUAAGGCAUGUAUGCAGUAAUUAGAUUGCAUGCAGUAAUUAGAUUAAAAUGUACACAUAAUGUCUGAAAACAACAACUCUGGUAUGAUGUCUUAACAUGAAUUUAAAAUCAGACUUACAAAAUAACUAUAAGAAAUUUAUCAGCCUGCAUGGGUUUUAAAUCUGCCCACCUGCUUAUAUAUGCUACAUGUGAUUCAACAGCUUGAAUAAUGGGAUUUGGCAAGCUGCUUACCCAAGAUGAAUUGUUACUUGCUGUAGACCAAUUUGCAAGGCAUAUCUAUAAAAGUUUCAAAUAGGUAGCCUCUUACUUACUAAACAAAACUGGAAAAAUGUAUUGCCUUAAUGUGCCAGUUGCUUGAAGUCCAUCUAGGAAGCCCAAAAUAGCAGGGAAUUAAUUUGCAGGAAACCACUCACUCUCAGGGGCUUACUAAGCACAGAGUUGCUUAGUUUUAAACUUUGUGAUGUCCAGUAAAUUGUAACCUGUAGCUUCAUGUGCUUUACUGUCUCUUCAGUAUGGAAGCUCUUUUUUAUCCCUAGAGAGAACACUAUCCCUAUUCCCUUAGGAAGUCAUGGCAGUUUGCUUAGCUUUGAUAAACCAUCUGUGAUUGUCAUUUAAUCUCCAUUUGUCUGCUGGAUUUGCACAACACAACAAACUAGGUAUUGGAAGACAGCAGGCAAAUAUUUGGCAAGUUGUUUCGAAUUGUGUGGCAUUUGUCAGUUCUUCAGUCUCUGGCAAUAUGUAGCUCAUCUUUCUGACCAUUGUACAAUGUGCUUUAAAUUUACAGCAUGUGUAUACAUGGCCUUUCUUCCACUUUUCCUUAGGUCAGCUCUCCUUCUGGCUUCCUCCUUUCCCUCUGUUCAUCACUCUCAGGGCCUCUCCUCAUAGCCUAAUUUUCUUUGCUCAGGGACAAAGAAAAUUUUCCUUGCUCAGUCUGAAGCCAUGGAGAUCCUGCUGUCAUUGUGGACAGGGGGGGGUCUGACUCAAUAUACCGUAUUUUUCGCUCUAUAACACGCACCCGACCAUAACACGCACAUAGUUUUUAGAGGAGGAAAAUCCAUAGGCAUGCCACCCGUAGGCAUUCCCUCCAUAACACGCACAGACAUUUCCCCUUACUUUUUAGGAGGAAAAAAAUGAGUGUUAUGGUGCAAAAAAUACGGUAAGCUACCUCCCUGUGUUUCUUUGUCGCCAUCUUUGGGCACCUCCUAAGCCUGCACCUCAGCAGGGAGCCCACUGCCAAUGUCUGGCCUCCCCAGGCCAGCUUCUGAUGCUCCUUUGCAGCCUCUGCCUGUCCAUAUACCUCCUCGAAGCAAGAAAGCUAUGACAAGGAAAAGGAAAAGGAGCAAGACUCUCUGCUCAUCUUGCACACUCUCUGUGAAUUGAGGCCUAGGCGAGAGGCUGGGCCAAUAGGCCGCAAUGGCAGCAGCGAGGAAGACUGUGGCCCACUCGGGGCCUCUUGUCCGAUGGCUUCUCAAAACCACCUGCCUCCAUCGGCUUCUUUUGGCCUGCUGGCUGCUUAUUCUUCUGACACCUGUUUUGCUGGUCCCAUUACUUUACGCUUCUUUUCCCUAGGCCAGGAAGCCUGCCUUGUUUCUAUUCCUACUGUCGCAACAGAUUGGCCUAGAGUGGCUUCCGAGAGGAAUGUUCUGUUUCAUGGUUUGAUUUUCCGGGAGGCAGGUUUUUUUUAAUUAAACUGAUAAUUGUUUCAAGUACUACAACGUAACUGUUUGCCGUGAGGAAUUUUUAUAUUCCAGCCGCAACCAGCUGGAACGGGUUCUGUGAGGAAAACGUAAAAAGUGGUAUUUUACUCAGAGUAGCCCUGCUGGCGUCGGCGGACCUAACUUAAUCACGUCCAUUAAUUUCACUGGCUCUUAUUAAAAAAUUAGUUGAAUCCCACCCAAAGUUUUCUUAAAGGGACGAUUUACUUUUCUAACAGCUUGAAUGACGUGCAGUGCCUGCCUGUGAGAUGUUAGAGCAGCCAGUGCCUUUGCUGCCACUGCAUACAUUACUGCAUUCCAGUACAGUGGUACCUCAGGUUAAGUACUUACCGUAUUUUUCGCUCUAUAAGACGCACCAGACGACAAGACGCACCUAGUUUUUGGAGGAGGAAAACAAGAAAAAAAAUAUUCUGAAUCCCAGAAGCCAGAACAGCAAGAGGGAUCGCUGAGCAGCGAAACCAGCAAUCCCUCUUGCUUUUCUGGCUUCUGGGAUAGCUGCGCAGCCUGCAUUCACUCCAUAAGACGCACACAUAUUUCCCCUUACUUUUUAGGAGGGAAAAAGUAUAGAGCAAAAAAUACGGUAAUUGGUUCCAGAGGCCCAUACUUAACCUGAAACUGUUCUUAACCUGAAGCACCACUUUAGCGAAUGGGGCCUCCUGCUGCUGCCGCACCGCCGGAGCACGAUUUCUGUUGUCAUCCUGAAGCAAAGUUCUUAACCUGAAGCACUAUUUCUGGGUUAGCGGAGUCUGUAACCUGAAGCGUAUGUAACCUGAAGUGUAUGUAACCCGAGGUACCACUGUACAGAUGGAUUGAAAACAUUACCUAACUGUAUAAAAAUAAGAAGCCCCUCAUUAUUAUUUUUAAUUAUUUUUUAGGCAGCCAGAAUUUCAUGCCAACAGUUGCGUUGUUAAAAUAUUCCUGAUCUUCAUUACCAGUAAAUGUAAGAAGAGUUCUGGUUUUCAUAUUUCCUUUUUCUUUUCUUUCUUUCUUUCUUUUUACUAUUAUGAAGUGCUCCCAGACAAUCCCAACUUUCCUUACCGGCGGUAUGAGCGACUUCCUCCAAUCCACCAGUUUUCCAUAGAGAGUGACACGGAUCUCUCAGAAACAGCCGAACUUAUUGAAGAAUAUGAGGUAUUUGAUCCUGCAAGAUCUCGGCCUAAGAUCAUCCUUGUCAUAGGUAAGAAGGCAAGGAGAACGAAUAGUUUUCUUGGAUUAAGUGUGGCUUUUUUUUUUAAACCGUUUAGCCAAUGGAUUAACUGUUUGAAAUGGGUAUCAAUUCAUAGAUAACUUUGAAGGAUGAGGGCUAAGUGAUGUAGGCAAAUUGACUGACCGGGAUAAACAAAGAAUUGUUUGGAAAACCAUAUUCAGCAAGUUGCCCAAAUGCCGAAGUGUUUUGUUAUUAGUGCCAGGGACUGCCAGAUGCAAUAGGCAGAAGUGGCAGUGCCUCCAGCGUCUCCAGAAUAACCAAAAAGCCUAUAAAUAGGAGAAACUAUCAGACUUCAUAUCCAAACCUUUGGGAUACCAGGGAUAGUUACACCCUAUGUGCUUCCUAAUAGCGCACCUCUUUCUCAUGCUCCAAACAGAAUGGGCUGUUUCACUUUUAUUUGAUAGGGGACAAGGCUGCAACUGGGGAAACCCUUCAAGGGAGUAAGCAUUUCCUCCCCAAAUAUGGGGGCAGUGUGGCAUCCCUCCCUCCACAAAGUUUCACCAGUUUAAACCUUUCCCUUUGAAAAGAGAAGGGAGCAAGUUGGUUAACUGGAGAGCAAGCAAGGGAGACACAGCUGGACUGGCAACUUUGAAAAGCAGUGCCAUUGACAAGAAAGUUUUUCAAUCUCCUGGUCUCCACUGAUGGGAGAAGCCUUUGUUUUGACUGCCAUUCUUAAGGGUUCUGUUCUCAUCAGAAAGAGUUCUUAGCUCUCCUUAGCUCAGUGGUUUUCAACCAGUGUGCUGUGGCACCCUGGGGUGCCUUGAAUGAUAGUCAGGAGUGCUGCAGGCAGCACUGGCCUCUGUCCCUCUUUCUUUCCUUCCCUCCCUCAUUGGGUGCCCUCUUGCAUCUCUGCCUCCCAAAGGCAUGCACAGCUGUUCAUUGCAGCAGCCCGGCUACAAGGUCCCCAGGUGAAUGGGGGCCUCUGGGGCUGGCCAGGGGGAGCUUCCAAGCCCCCUGUGGCGCAGUGUGAGGAGGCACCUCUCUUUGGGCAAGGGGGUGCAGCUCAGAUACCAGAGGCGGCGGCUGCGGCUGCCUGGAGGACUCCCAAGGAGAGGGAUAGGAGAGUAGGCUGAGGGAACACUUUACAAGGUGUUCGAAAAAGGGUGAGAUGCUGCCAGCUGUGCCGGAAAGAGGUGGCAUAACUGGGCUCCUGGGCCCCACAGGGGUGCCACAGAAAGAAUGCAGUUGGUCAAGGGCGCCGUGGACUCAAAAAGGUUGAAAACCUCUGCCUUAAGUGUUAAAAGAGCAGCAUAUUUAACCCUUUCCCGAGGCUGCAGCUCAGUGUUAGUUGCUAAGAGGAGGAUGAGGGAUCCCCAUGACAGGUGCUUGAACAACACAUUUAACUUAAUAGCAUUGUAGAGUGGCUUUGCUUACCUGACUUUCCAGUGUCAAGUGUCUCCACCAGAUACUGAGACUGGGAGGGAUGAGGGGGCAGGUGCAUUGGAUUGGCUCCACUGCCACACCUGUACAAUGCUCCCCUCUGUCUCACCCUUCUCCCUAUCUGCAGGUGAUGUGCAAUGUCAGGAAAUGCCACCCUCCCUAGUAGCUUCUGAUUUAACCCUUGGUUAUAGCAGUCAGGGAAAGAAAGAAAGGGAUUCCCAUGACUAUUGCUUGGGUAGUGCAUUUAAUUCCCAUGGCUGCGGUUCAAUUGAAAUCACACAUUUCGUGCACUUUCCCACCAUUAACAAGUUUUUUCUUUGUGGAACCCCUUGGGCUGCAUUGUGGCACUCCAGGGUUCCAUUGGACCGCAGUCUGAGAAAUCUCCUAGUGUGCAGCUAGUUAGCAAUUUGGAGAAUGUUACAUUCCACAUCUUUGGGAAAGAUUUUGGCAGACUGGCACAGGUGGUGGGUAGUUCGUAAUGAAUCUGAGAAAAUAUAAUUGCCUUUUUUCUUAUAAAUAAUAGGUGGUCCGGGAAGUGGAAAGGGAACCCAGAGUCUGAAAAUAGCUGAACGCUAUGGAUUUGAGUACAUAUCUGUUGGUGAAUUGUUAAGAAAGAAGAUCCACAACACAAGUAGUAAUCGAAAGUGGAGCCUGAUUGCCAAGAUAAUUACCACUGGAGAGUUAGCCCCACAGGUACAAACAUGGCAAUGGCAUGUUACUCGCUUUGGCAAGAUUUUUGUAUGCAUUCUUAAUAUAUACUAUUAACAAACUAAUAAACCUUCUUGUGCUUGUUUUUCACACUGCAAGGAAACAACCAUCACUGAGAUAAAGCAGAGAUUAAUGCAGAUUCCUGAUGAAGAGGGUAUUGUUAUUGAUGGAUUUCCAAGAGAUGUUGCUCAGGCUCUUUCCUUUGAGGACCAAGUAAGAUAUUUGUUAUUCAAGACAACUUAACAAGUUUAAAGAAAAAUAUGAUAAGCUCUUUUUGUUAAGAAGCUGAAUGCCAGAAAGACUAAAUAUUACUCUUUUCAGAUCAGUAGGCAUUGCCCCAAAUUCUUUGUAAAUGCUUGAUUAUAUGCAGAUCAAAGGUUGUUUUCUUGACAUAUAUUUUGGGAGUAUCAUGAUCCCAUGCUCUUCAAAACAACCAGAAUUCUGUCAUGUAUCGAACAAUGACAGCACUUUCUUUCCUAUAUAAUUAAAUGGCUCCAGAGGGAAGAAAAAGAUCCUAUUUAACAAAUCGUAUUUUUCAUACAUUCCUGAUUUUAAAAGCAAAGAGAAAAGGUUAUUCCUUAAUGGCACAUUUUCAGUGCUCAUUAGGAAGAGCACAAUUUCAUCAGCAUAUUUUUUUCACACAGAGAGGCAGCCUCAAGGUUAUUAUGGGCUUCUGAACUAGAAUACAGCAUUCAUACAAUAGCUUUUGUAAGACAAACGUGUUAGGUAAUAGUACACCUUUUAUUGAAUUAGUUUUUUGUGUGAUCUCAAAUUUCGCUUUAACUCAGUUUACUUUGCUAUUAAAUUUUUAUUGUGCUUGAAAAAGAUGUCUUGUGAAACUUGCUUGUCUUAUCACUUAAGAUGCCGAUUAAUAGUUAUUGAAAGUGAUUUGUACUGCAGGACAUAUUGACUAGAGAACAUCUUUGUACAAGCUGCUUUUGCAGGGAAAAUGACUAAUUCAUGUGUAGAACAGAUUCUUCAGAGUUUGUCCUUAUUUUGAGCUCAUUGGGAUUCAAUUCUGACAUUUCAUAUUCUUGACCAAAAGCUACCCCAAAAUACAUUUUGAGAAAUAUAUGAAAGCAAGCCAAGUGAUGAAAAUCCUGUGUUUUGAAUUGAUUUCACAUUGCCAGAUACGGAAACAACCAAUAUGACAUUUGGUUAAAGACACAAGCAAAGGUUACAUUUCAAAAGUGCAUUGUCUGGGAGUUUUACCAAAUUCUGACUAACCUCUGGAAUGAGAAAAUACAAUUGCUCCAGAGCACCCUCUCCUACUUAUGAUGGCUAGACCAACAGUGCAGGAAUACUUGUGAUGAGUCAGAUGGAACAUAGAUUAGAACUCAUUUUAUGAACCACACCAUAGCAGCAAUGGUGCUUUGGCACCAUUGUGUCCAUGCAGAAUUGGUUAGCAGACCUAUUCUGAGUGGCAAUGGGCAUUCUACACUUUGCUCCUUGUAUUAAAGUGGAAGAUCUUUCAGUGGCCCACUGUGAUGAAUUUGCAAAGCACUUUGGUGAAACAAGUGAUUGUGUCUGUUUUGAACUGGAUUUCAUGUUGAACGUACCUUUCAAAGCUGCUUGUCGGCUGUUAUCAAUAGCUUUUAGUUUGUGAAGUCCUAAAGAUGUUGACAAAAUCAUAGAAGGUGUAAGGCCCAUCACUUUUGAGCUUGAUGGUUGCCAUGCUGGGUGGGAUUAGGGUGACCAGAGACUCUGCUAACUUCCCGGAAGGCCUCAGAUGUGGUGCUUGAUUAUUUAUGUUGAACAUACAGUAUUGGUUUUUCAAUGUAUGGUGCUCCACAAGGUUCCAUCUUAUACUUUAUUCUAUUUAACAUCUAUAUAAAAGCGCUGGAAGAAGGUAUUUGGAUUAUAUUUGUUUUCGAGGAUUGCUUUGUUUGAAAGUUGUUAUGAAAAUCAUUGGUGAGGAGGUUGUGUGUUUUGGUCUCCUUGCCCUUUUGCUAAAGUUGAGGAUGUGCUUAACUCAUCUAUCUGCUUAGCUGUUUGUCUCAGUAAUUUGUCACUCAGACUGAGACACCUCCCCUCAGCUUCCUCAUGUUCACAGAUCCCAGUCAGACAUGACUUUUUUGAAAGGCACCUAUGCAAUCAACCUUACUCUUGUGCAGCAUAGUCUUCAACAGCAAUUCAUUUAUUAAGCAAACAAACAAACCACUUGAUUUUUAAAAAUCUCCAUAAAGUGUCCAGAUAAAAGCAUAGAAGACAUCUCCAAAGCUAUAAGUCAAUUAAAAACAAACUUACAUUGAAGAAUCAUACCUAAAUACAAAUAUAAAAUCUGUAAAGCAUUAAAACAAAUAUAAAUAAGUGCUGUUUUUAUUUUAUUAAUGGUAGUGCCAUGGAUAAGUGGUGCACAAAUAAACAGUAAACAUGAAUCUUAAUAAACUGAAACAGAAAUAGGCUGGCAUCAUAAAAAUAAAUAUCAUAGAUCUAAACAGGCAGCAGAAAGCAAAAUAAAGCAUUUUAUGUUCCCCAUGUAUGUUAUUAUGUGACACACAAUGCUUCUGUAAUAUCUAUAGAGCACCUAAGCAGCUAGUUAAUUGAAAAAGACCUUUGGAUUCUUGGAACAGUUUUGAUUAACAUAUAAUUUCUCAAAUACUGAAUUUUGAUUUGCCCUUUCUUCAAAAGCAUUAGGUAAACAAACACUUACCUCUCCAGCAUAACACAUUUCAGAGAGUUAGCAAAUAUUAGGAAGCUCUUUAAAUUCGAAAUGCAUGUUGGAAAAUGCUGAGAAAGAGGUCUGGCUUAACAUUUACCUGUCAUCCAAGCUGAAAGUCAGUGAAUCACCUGCAAGACUAGCAUAUUAAAUACCAUCCUCUGCUCCAGUGAGGCCCUCUUCAAUGUCAGCCAAGCAUUCUCAAGCGGAUGUGGGCUGACUAUAGUUUAAUAGCACUUUUCUUCAAAUGUUCUUACUCCACCACCACCCCAUUCCUGUGUUACAUUCAUCCAUUGGAACGAGUGUAAAAGUCUGUAUAUCAUAAUGGGCUUGAAUUUAUUUACUGCUGCUAUAGUUAUCUUAUAUAAAUGUGAGUGCAAAGGACAGAGGGCCUAUUGUAAACCAAACAGCAGCAGUUACUUAUAAAAUGAUAAAUUUUAGGGCUAAUAAGGAGAAAUAAACAAUCUGUUGCCCAGUUUUCUAGGCAACACUGUAAUAGAAAAUAUUGACAAAACCACAAGCCAGAGCAUACUCCAAUCUCCUAGUUCAGCUCCCCGAGGAGAGGCAAGCUGCUUUGACCACUCUAACAUAUCAUCUCACAUCAUUUUUAUUACCUUCCCACUUCUAUGAACACAUGGAGUUUCUAUAUCAGCAACUUUCCCUGUUCACCUCAAUGACAUAAGACAGCUGCAAGCUUAUAUUCUUUAAUGCAUGUAGACUGCUCUAUUCACUGUAGUGAACAAGGAAACCUUAGUAGGCAGUUUUUACCACAACCCACACAUGCAGGGGAUCAUUGACUAGGGCAUAUGUCUGCAUGAGUGGGAAUGAGCAGAGUUUUCCCCAUGCCAUAUAUCCUGUUGGGGCAAGACUCUGUAUUUACAAUAAAAUGAAGACCAGUUAUGUAGGCAAACUACAGGGAAGUCAUGGCUUCUUAUAUUUAUUCAAGACAGCUAUCAGCCUCUCUCUUCCCUAUUGGCAGCUAAUCAGAGAAAUUAAUAUUCCAUGUCUGGAUGGAUUCACAAAUUCAUAUCAACUGAUUUAUCAGUUGAUGACUGCAGUAUCAAGUCUUGACUUCCAGGCAGGAAAGAUCUAACAUAGAUCAAGCAUCCUAGAUUUGAACGUAAGAGUUGUCCUGGAUCAGACCAGUGGCCAUCAGGUCCAGCAGUUUGUUCCCAAACUGGCCAACCAAAUAUCUGUGGGACCCUCACAAUCAGGGCAUGAGUGUAGUAGCGCUCCACCACUAAUGAUCCCCAACAACUGGUAUUCACAGGCAUAUUGCCUCUGAUAUUUGAGACAACAUGUAGCCAUCAUGACUAGUAGUCAUUGGUUGCCUUCUCUUCCAUGACCCUUCAUAUGAUCUCACACCAUCUCCAUUAAUCAUUUUCAGUGGAAAUAUUAACAUAUUCAGCUCACAGUUAACAAGUGCAGAGUAAUCAAAUCCAGCGAUGUAUAUGCAAAGAUGAACUGAUCCAGUUUGUUUGUAAGAUAAACCAGAAUGUCCACUUUGAGGAUGGAUUGUCAUUUCAUUCCCCCACAUUUUAUUAGCGGAUAUUAUUUUUCUGGUCUGGCCCUUCUGAAUAGGAGUAGUAGUAGUUUCCUGAGUAGGAGUAGUUUCCUUAAAAUGUAUUUAUUAUGCAUUAAUGACAUUUAUAUACCACCCUGUAAUUCUCUUGGUGGCUUAUAAUAAAGAUUCUCUGAGUUGCUUACAUUAAGGGCUGUGGGCUAUCCACCUGUUUCUAAAUUCCUCAUCCAGCUUUGAAACCAGUGGGAGUUUUAAAGUUUAACUAAUUAGAAGUAAUUGGUUGCACAUAGAACAUAUAACUUACAUAAUUGCUAAGUAUCACUACAAUAAGCAAUUAGGAGGAGCCUGGAAGCUUCUGUCUCCAUGUUUUAUUAAGCAUAGUUUAGCACUAUGUCUAAAACACUAAGUAGUGGUUCAUCUUAACUAAGGUUUAUUGAAGGAAGACAGAACCAUGGUUUGAAGUUGGCUUGUUUAAAGCAUGGCUAAGGCUAUCCACAGUUUAUCCUGCUUUGGGUGCAGGACUAAAUUUUGAUUAAUCAAAAACUGAAGGAAACACUUCUGAAUUCUUCCAACCAUGCUCAAGGCUCAAGGUUUAGCACAAGCAUAGACAAAUUCGGCUCUCCAGAUGUUUUGGGACUACAACUCCCAUCAUUCCUAGUUAACAGGACCAGUGGUCAGGGAUGAUGGGAGUUGUAGUCCCAAAACAUCUGGAGGGCCGAGUUUGCCUAUGCCUCAUUUAGCAAGUCUCCCACUGUGUAUCAUAUUGUAAACAUGUAGAAGCUCCAACAGCUAUAGUUAUCCCUUUCAUUGUUUUAGCUGUUCAUUCUUUGGAUUGUCAUUUGAUUCACCAAAGGAAAAUGUCACCAGUUUGAAAUACUGAAGACAUUAAGCUUAUUUUAAAACGAAACAGUGACUAAGAAGGGCUUUAUAUAUAUAUGGAGGGAAAAGUGAUUCAGUGGUGCAUUGAAUGGUAACCUGUGCUGUGUGAAUACAAAAUAGAUUCUAAUUUUUGCAGUGACUCCAUUAAUGUCACUGUUACAUGCAGAAUAGGAAUAUAAAUGAUCAUUUAUACUUGCCUAAGGAAAUUUACUACAGCAUGGUAGUCAUUAUAAUUUCUUCUUUGUAAGGAAUCUCCUUCCCAGAAAGGGCAAUGAUAUCUUAAAUGCAGAGGUAAAACAGAAAACGCCUUAGAAAGAAAUGGAGUUCUAUCUUUUGCCACACACAAAGUGUGCUUUCUUUUAUUUAUGCUAGCUAAGGCAUAGUGAGGGCUUCAAGGACAUACAUCUCUGAAGGUGGAGCACAGCAAUUCACUAUGGAUGUACUGUGAUCUGAGAAUAAUGUACAGGUGAUACAUCUGUAGGGCUAUGUAUGGAAAAUGUUUUGUGCCAUUCAUUUUUGUGUAAAUGUGAAGCUACCAUGUGGGCAUUGCAAGCAUAGCCUUUCUUUUUAAAAAGAAUUUGCAGUUGUGGCAUCUAAAAGAAGGAGCCUUAAUUCAGUUCCAUUUUAGCUUGAUGGCAAAGAGUCAUUUUGGAGCAGCAUCUCUGCAGGUGCCUUUCUGCAGCAUACAUAUCUUUGGUCCUGUACCACAGUGGGCUAAUCUGUGGUGAGGUGGUGAAUGCAGGGCCCUGCCUUGCAGCAAUAUGUCAGACUACAUGACCUGCAGCAUUGAUGGGCAACCUGUGACCCUCCAGAUUUUGCUGGAUUACAAUUUACAUCAUCCCUGACCAGAACUGACCAUGGUAGCUGGGCUUUUGGAAGUUUGGCUACAACAGUCACAGCUUCCCCAACCCAGCUGUAUGGUCCUGUGAAAAAUAAGGACUACCCUGUCAAAUAAGCAGCAAAAUUAUCAAUAUGAACAUCUUUUUCAGAUAUAAAAAUGCCGGGCCUUUUAAUUGUUCUUUGGAAGACCAUUUAUUGCUGCUAGUUUUAUCUGCUAUUUUACUUCUUUUGACCUUUUGUAGUAUUUUAUUGUUACAAUUAUUUUCUUAUUGUUUGCUGUGCUCUUUGUCAACAUAACUAUCCCCAGGGCACCUCACACUAAUGCAUGUUAUUUGUAAAAUAAAUAAAAAGUCUGAAGUGCAAAUUGCAGUUAUAAAGCAAGAGUGGGAUACAAAAUGUAUCUAUAAACUCCUACUCCGGAUAGCUAGCAGCCUAUCUAUAUACAGAUUCAGGAAACGUGGCUGACCUUAUCACUACUUCCUUCCUAUGCAGAUUUUUUUUCUUAAUGUGCAUAGGUUAUUUGAGAAGCAGCCAAGACACUAAAACAAUUCCAGCUUACAAAUAGUUUAAAUCCAAACUACGUAUAUUAAUAAUGUUGCUUGUGUCAAGACUCUGGAGUGACCAGGACACCAUACUGGGGACUGGAAUGAAUUUCCUGAUCUGAGCCUGUUGCUGGCGAUCAGGGGUUCACUGAACCUGAAGCUGGCAGGUCUGUCUGAGACUCAUAGAACCAGAGCCAAGGCUGUCUUGGAUGCAUUGUUCUGAGCCCCAGGAACUGCAACUCUAGUCCAACAGUGCAAAGGGCCAUGGGGCACAGAAGUGCCAGAGCGUUGGUUGGCCCUUUAAGAAUUUCCAGUUCUUCAAAAGGGGCAGAGCAUAGAAGCCGUAUAGCAAGUCAUUAGUAGUGCUGUGAGCAACACCCUGCUUUGCCCCAUGGGUGCCUUCACAGAGCCAGAGCAGGAUAGUUUGCCUUGAGUGCAGGCCAUUGUUUUCAAAACUUGCCAGUGCAGUGGGGCUGACCUAAAUAAGGAUAGGGGAAUUAACUCUUGCAACUUGAAGUGGCUCCAAGCUUGAUUGGGGCCCCACACCUACAAUUCACUGGGGGACAAUUGGAAGCUUUCCCUCCAAUGCAAAGUGCAGGUGUGGGGUGGUGGAGGAUCUGGAUUGGGGGCACAGGGGAGGAGGCAAAAUCUAUGUUAAAAACAACAACAACCCUACCCCUUUUGCUGCAGUCCAUGCAGCCUGCCCCUUCUCCAGAGAAUAUUAGCACUGUUGUGUAGCAUAUUCUCAUUUUUCUAGUAAUUCCUGCGUGCACCAAACUUCAGUUUUGUACAGGUUCUAAAAACACCUUAACAGCUUUGUGUGAUGUCCAAGUGUCUUAUUUCCUAUUCGUUCCUAUUCAUCUAUCAGUCUGUGUCACACAAAAAUAAAUACAUAGCAAGUUUUGUCUUGAUGGUUUCUACUCAAGAAUGCAAUGCCCUGCUGUUUAUUCUCCGUAGUGUUCUCAGAGGUUUUCCUGUAUGCAUUAUCAAAGUAAGCUUUAGGCCUGCUGUACAAAAAUUAUUAAGAAUUCCCAUUGAUUUUGCCUGCUAAACUGAGAACAAAGGACAUGAUUGAAGGGGGAAAGGGUUACAAAAAGCAGUCAAAUCAGAUUAAAACAGUUCUUCUUAACGUCCCAUGAAUACUUUAUAUUCAAUAGGGAAUGAAUCGAUGAUACUCUGAAAGUGCUUAACAAACAUUAAUGGAUUUGGAUGAAUCAUGAGCCGUGACAACUUUCUUGCUCAGCUCCCUAGGGAAUUAUUGUUCCUUUCACAACUGAAGGAAGUGAAAAUGUGUCAAAGAAUCCCAAGUUUUAUGAUGCUCUGUAACAUAGGUUAUAUUUAUUUUGGGAGUUACCAGCUUUAUAUUAUAGUAAUUGAAUCACCUUUUCAUAGGAUUUAAGACUCUCCAGCUCAAGCCUGUGAAUGAAAAUCAAAUGUUAGCUCUCUCAAAAUACACAUUUCUGCAUCGUUUCGAACAGAAUUAACACUUUGCAGGUAUAAUUCAUGGAGGCACACACGAGUUGGAAAGCUGCACAUUACACUAUUGCAACCAGAAUGAGGCUGUGUAUCCAUUACCAGCAUAAAAUGCAGCUAGAUUGUUCCUUUUUCUCAGUUUGGAUCAAAACUGGUUUGGGGAAAGGGGCAUCAAAACCCAUUAUUUCUUAAGAAACAACAGGAUAGAUAUGGAGUGUGGCUAACGUUUUGUGUACACUGAUUCCCAAACCAGUGAUGGGAGCGAUCUGGAUGGGAGAGUAAAUAGGAGUUCUGUCAGACCUACCACACAUAAAUAAGGCUGUAACAAUGGCUGUGUGACCUGUUCUCCUGUAAUGGACACAGAUGAGAAACUUCUUGGGCAGGCAUCUCAUAUUGUGUUGUCACAAUGUUUGGCCAUUCAAUAAUAAUAAUAAUUACAAUCAUAAAUAAUAAUAAUAAUAAUAAUAAUAAUAAUAAUAAUAUAUUUAUACCCCAUAUAUAUAUUUAUACCUGGGUUUCCCCAGCCAUUCUGGGCGGCUCCCAACAGAAUUAAAAGCACAAUAAAACAUUGUGGCACUCCUUCUGAUCGUGACCUCUUAUUGGACCAUUUGAAGCUAUCCUCUUUGGCGGGAAGAAUGCCCCUCAAUCCUGCUGGGUGUGAACAUGUUCUGGCUGCCGAGGAUGAAGGCGGAGCACGAGGGGCCGCAACCAUCACCCCACCCCUGUGGAAGCAGUGAGCGGCCAUUCUAGGCCAGCUUUUUCUUGAGUUACUGGCCCCGCAGCUGGUCCCUCAGCCAAGAAGAUAACCUAACCAAGCCUUUUGACCUUCCAUAUUUAAAAUCUAUUUUCGUUCUCAGAGCCUCCCCUUUCUUUUGAAAUAUCUAACAAAGUGGCUUGAUGUGUGGAUGGUCCUGAAUCCACCCACCACUAAUGCACUAUUAGUACAUCAGUGACAAGUUGCAGAAUGCAUCCACGAAAACACACGUCCAGAGGGGCCCUUUCUGGAUUAAACCUUAGGAUCAAAGAUGUUUACUAAAGGCUUGUUUACUAACUCCUUCGAUUCCCUUCUGUAUUGGUUUUGUGUUGGCUUCUGUGCUGUUACUGUUCCUGGUAUAUAAUGAUAGGAACCCACACAUACUGUUAAUUAAUCUGAAACUGCAGGAUGGCCAUUUUUUGAAGUGCUUUGUUAUGUCUAAUUAGGGCUGUGUACACAUUACUAGCUUAAAACACAGCAAGGUCAUUCUUUAUCUCAAUUUGGAUUAAAGUUGGUUUUAGGAAAAAUUAAUCAAAAUGGAGUAUUUCAUAAGAAACAGUAGGAUAGGUUUUAUUUAUUUUAUUUAUCUAUAAAUAUUUUUAUUUGUUGCUUUUAAAAUGAACUCAAAGCAACUUACAAAAGCAAAGAUUAAAAAUAGAUAUAAAACAAGAAUAAGAACAACCUAAAAUGCUCACACUACUGUGCACAGCAAAUCUAGUUCAACCCCACUCCACUAAAAAUAUGCAGAUAAUUAAACUCCAUAGGCCUGGGUAGAUACAAAUAUUUUAACCUGGCAGCUAAAAACAUACUGUUCAUGCCAAUCACACCUCCCUGGGGAUGGUAUUCCAAAACUGGGAAGUCACAACCUAGAAGUCCUCUUCUAGAGGAGCCACCCUCCAUACCUCCUCACAGAAGAUGAAGAUAAAGAACAUUGGGUCCAGGUUGGUUCAUGUGGGGAGAAGUGGUCCUUGAGAUAUUGGGGUCCUGAACUGCAUGAGACUUUGUAGGUCAAAACCAGCAUUUGGAAUCAAGCCUGAAGAAACCAACAAUAUUUAUAAACUUCUAUAAAUUUCUGGUCAAACUUCUUUUUCCUCUGUUCAGGUGCUACUUAUGUAGCCAAAACAUUGCCAUCAAUUCCACAAGAAGAAGGUAUCAGUAAACUCCCAGAGAUCUGCAGAAGUACAAAAAAUGUUUCAAAAAAUAUAUACAGUAUAAGAGUUUGGGUUGUUUCAUGCCUCCAGGCAUUCUGUUACAAGCAUAAAAUAGAGGGAAUGAAUGUGUAUAUGUAUACACACUCACACACCAAGCUGUAUAAAUUUACGCAGGCUGAUAUAUAUAAGCUGUAGACAGGGAAUAAGGCUGCACGAGGAGGCAGUGUAUAUGUGAUACAGACUUCUAUUGAGUUAAUUGUACACGUCAAUUCUGAAUGUGUUCCCCUUUGUAAUAUUAAAUAACUUAUGCCAGCAAUCCACCCCCUUUUUAAACACUUCCUUUCCAAAUGCUAAUAACAUUGACAUUGCUCUCCAUAGGACAUCCUCUGUGCCAUAUCCUCAUCUUCCCAAUUAAACAAUGUGAACUAAAUUGGGGGAGGAGGACAGUUCAGGAUGUUUUAAUUAUGUAGUUAACUAGGUUGUCCUGUCCCCUGCCAUGUACACUUUAACCGUCAGGCAAAUUAUGUGCGACAGCUGCCAUAUUAAUAGUUUCAAAGAAAAUAAUUACUCCCAUCAUAGACAGUGAAAAGUAAAUAUCUGUCUUAAGACUUUAACACAACAAUUAUGCUGGUAAAAGAAUAACAGUUAAAUUAGGGUUGUUUAUGUCAGCUAUGUAUUAUUAUGAAGAAACUUUAUUAUUGAGAACACGAGUGUCAUAGUCGAUGAUGGAUGCCUUUUUGUUUAAGUGACAAGAUCACAUUUCUGAAGCUUUAUGGGUGUUCUGAUCUACCUAUUCCUUGGGUGCUGGUCACGGUGAAUAUUAAUUUGUGUGCACAUAGGCAACAAGUGGUAUAAUGUCCUAUGGUUUCCUUACCAGCUGGUACUCAAUUUACAUGAGAAAAAAGGCUCUUUAAUUGAGAAAAGAAAGAAAUUGAUUUAGAAAAUUAACUUCUUUUUAUAUAUAUAAAGAAGUUACAGAUCUGGAAUUUUCUGCCAUGUUAUAGCAGUACACUAUGGGCGUGGGGCAGAGAGAGAAAAGGACACUCUUCUGUCUCCUUGCUCCCACUGUAUAUCCUACAGUACUAAUUGUUGUUGUUUAGUCAUUUAGUCGUAUCCGAUUCUUUGUGACCCCCUGGACCAGAGCAUGCCAGGCACUCCUGUCUUCCACUGCCUCCCGCAGUUUGGUCAAACUCAUGUUGGUAGCUUCGAGAACACUGUCCAACCAUCUCAUCCUCUGUCGUCCCCUUCUCCUUGUGCCCUCCAUCUUUCCCAACAUCAGGGUCUUUUCCAGGGAGUUUUCUCUUCUCAUGAGGUGGCCAAAGUAUUGGAGCCUCAGCUUCAGAAUCUGUCCUUCCAGUGAGCACUCAGGGCUGAUUUCCUUAAGAAUGGAUGCGUUUGAUCUUCUUGCAGUCCAUGGGACUCCCAAGAGUCUCCUCCAGCACCAGAAUUCAAAAGCAUCAAUUCUUUGGCGAUCAGCCUUCUUUAUGGUCCAGCUUUCACUUCCAUACAUCACUACUGGGAAAACAGUACUAAUUUAUAAGUCCUAAAUACUUGGAAUUGCUGAGGGGAAUGACUCCAGUUAAGAAUGUUAUAAGUAGCAGACAGCAACAGCAUACUUUCACGUGAGAAAAUACUGAGGUUUUCAGGGUUCACAACUAGUUCUUAGACAUGCUCAGUUCUUGUUGUCCUUUUCUCACAGAAAUGAAACAAUGACUCUCCAGAAGCUAAUGUGAACCAGUCUACUAAUUUUAAUAUUUAAUUCAUUUGGCAUAUUAUCUCCACAGAUCUGCACCCCAGAUUUGGUGGUGUUUUUGUCCUGUUCAAAUCAGCGGCUGAAAGAGCGGUUAAUGAAGCGUGCAGAGCAGCAGGGGAGACCCGACGAUAACCUCAAAGCUACGCAGAGACGCCUAACGAAUUUCAAGCAGAACACGGUUCCAUUGGUCAAAUAUUUCCAGGAAAGGGGACUGAUCAUGACUGUAAGUCUUCAGUCAAUGUAUAUGCUUGGUAGACAAAUCGUAACUGUUGUUGAAUUCCAUGUAAGUAGAGGCAUAGCAUUAUAGCCAAUGUAAUGUUAGGUCUAUUAAUUUCAGGACUGUGUUGAUUAAAUACCACCGCACAUAUUCAAAAAUAAGCCUUUAAAAAUGCUUCUUUCUCUCUCUCUAAAACAAAAAGACACAUAGACUUGCGCCUUUUAUCUUACAUUUGGAGACUUUUAAGAUUUUCAUUCAUUUACAGAAGUAUGUAUCUUUCCAUUCCAAAUAUAGGUAGUCUGGGUUUUGUAAUUCUUUGUCUAUCCUAGAUAACUGAUAAGGCUCCAUAUAGUGUAGAGCUAUUCUGAUGCUCUUUCUGUAGGUAUAGAUAUGCACAUUCAUAAAAUAUUAUUAGAAGUUUCUCUUUAGAAAUGAUUUCCCACCUUUGGGGAAAAUAUAUCAGUAUAUUUCUGAAGCUACCUGUGGCUAUUUUGCAUUCUAAAAUAGCUAUUGGGUGAAAAUAACAUUAGAAUUUCUGGGAACAUGUAGAGUGGCACUCUGUAUUGGUUGGCUCAGAACUAUAAAGUUUUGCCAUUGAUUCACGUGUAGUUUCUCUGCUCAGAGUUGGAGAAAGUGGUGAGGUUUGUUUCAAGGCAACAAUGUCAUUUAUUUGAAAAACCCUUGGGAAAAUGAGUCUUCAAAAUCUCAGAAAAACUUUCCAUGCUAUGCCAGGGCUAGUGAUUCAUCAGUUCUUCACUAGUAUAAACGAACAGCAUUUCUGUUGAGUCACUCAGGAUGCAUACUAAAGUGGCCCAGAUAGCUCUUGCUAACAUUUCUGAGAUGAACUCUGCUUUCAAAGUAAAGUGACAUCUAUGUACCUUUUUUCAAUAUAAAAGUAUACUGCAAUGAAGUAUACAGUUAGGGCUGUGAUCCCACACACUUACCUCAGUAAGUUUCAUUGAACUCAGUAGCACUUGCUUCUGCACUGGAUUGCAUAGUUAGCAUGUUUAACUCUGUCAGCCAAGAAUACCCAAUGUUCCCCAUAUGUUGAUGGACUUCGAAUUUAUGUAAUCUCUGGCCAUUGGCCAUACUGGCUGGACCUGAUUGGAGUUGGUGUCCAAAAUCUAAAAGGCCACAGUUUCCUACCCCUUUCAUUGUAAACAUAUAUAAUAUUAUGGAGUAACUCCUAUUGAUUUUUAAAAAGUGAUUUCUUAUGUUGGCUGUGGAUGAAGUAAUAAUUUUAUGUAAGUUUCAGGCUUCCUUAAAAUUCUUUGUGAAGACUCUUUGUCAGAGCCAUUCAUCUGAUAAAUAUUUCUGCAGAUUUUGGAAGUAUUAGUACUCAAUGAAUUUCACUUGUGGCUCCAUCAAAGCCACCAUCUUAACAUUUACAAAAGUCCACUUAAGGGCACUUUACAUUUAUACCAGGGGAUUGUGUGUAAUACCAAUUUUAUUAUGUAUGCGUAAAUGUUAGGAGCCCACAAUUGGCAUUGGGUUUCCAACUCUCAUACAUAUAUAUGAUAUUUACACAUGUACAUCAAUUAUAUGUUUGACAUAGGUUAAAUUGCAUAUAUGAACUGUCACAUAUCAAUCAACAAAUGGUAUGAACUGUAAGGCUUGGGAAUGUCAUAGUCAUAAGACUCUUGGAUUUCUAGAAAAGUAAUGUAUGGCAAAAAGCCCACAACUUGGAUCCUAAUUUUUCAUGAACAGGGUAUAAAACAGUCCAUUUUCACUUCUUCUUUUUUGGCAUUGUACUUGAAAGGGUUAUAUAGCUUAUCUAACUAAUGUAACAUCUGCUUGCCAUUGCAAUACAGUAGUUUCCUGCAACAGUUAGGGUAUUAUCAACUACAGCCAGAAGGUUGAGAAAAAAAGAAUCAUCAGGUCUUUACAAGCUACUACUUCAUACUUGGCAGCUAAAGCUUCUCAAGCAAGAGAGAAACUGUAGCCAUAAUGUAGGACUUAUUUAAUUAGAAUAUUUGUGUGAGAAAUUAAAGGAAACAGGAAAGAAAGAAUAAUGUUGAUCUAGUGUGUGAAAAGAGUCUGGCUUGCAGAUAAGUAACUUCCGUUUAGUUAAUGCACAACAAUUCUUAAUUAUUAUUUUUUAAAGAAACUUUAGCAUUGUACAGCAAGCAACUAAACUUAGCUCAGGGAAAUAUUAUUUGGAAAAUAAGGUGAUUGCAUGACAGUUUUAGAAGGAUUUAAAGCAGGGAGCACUAUCUUCUGGGCAAAAGUAUGCCCUGAAAUAUUUGUGCUCUGACAUAGUGCAGUGGGGGAUGACUUGUGUAACUGGGGCUUCUGUGAUGGGGGCGACUGCAGGGACACUGUCAGCACAAGCUUGUCUUGUGGAAAAGCUUUUGUAGUUAUCCCUGCCAAAUCUAUCACAACAGGGCUUUUCUGCUGUGGUGCCUAAUCUGCAGAAACAUCUUCCUGCCUGCCACUCACACCCAAAAGCCAAAUCUCCAGAAUUUUCAGCACCUUCUGAAAACCUGUUUACCCCAGCAUUUGUUGGUCAUUGUUACCAAGUCAUUGAGGGAUUGUCUCAUUUAUUGUGAUUCUGCUGCAUUUUAUUGUAUUCACUUUGUUUUUGAUAUUUUAUCGCUUGUUCUAUUGUUUGAUUCAUAUUCUUACUGUUGUAAUCUGCUCUGGAUUAUUUAUGAAGGGUGACAUAAAAUACUGCAAGUAAAUCAAUUGAUUUUGCAAGUAUCUAUAUCUAUCUAAUAGGGACGCGGGUAGCACUGUGGGUUAAACCACAGAGCCCUAGGACUUGUUGAUCAGAAGGUCGACGGUUCGAAUCCCCGCGACGGGGUGAGCUCCCGUGGCUCAGUCCCUGCUCCUGCCAACCUAGCAGUUCAAAAGCACGUCAAAGUGCAAGUAGAUAAAUAGGUACCGCUCCAGCGUGAAGGUAAACAGCGUUUCUGUGUGCUGCUCUGGUUCACCAAAAGCAGUUUAGUCAUGCUGGCCACAUGACCCGGAAGCUGUACGCUGGCUCCCUCGGCCAAUAAAGCGAGAUGAGAGCCACAACCCCAGAGUCGGCCACGACUGAACCUAAUGGUCAGGGGUCCCUUUACCUUUACCUAUAUCUGUCUGUCUGUCUAUAUCUAUCAUCUAUCUAUCUAUCUAUCUUCUAUCAUCUUACUAUAUCAGGCAUAGGCAAACUCAGCCCCCCAGAUGUUUUGGGACUACAACUCCCAACAUCCCUAGCUAACAGAACCAGCGGUCAAGGAUGAUGGGAAUUGUAGUCCCAAAACAUCUGGAGGGCCGAGUUUGCCUAUGCCUGAUCUAUAUCAUCUAUCUCCCAGUCAGGCCCAGCCAUAGCCACACUGUCUGGGACUGAUGGGAAUUGUAGAUCAAAACAUUUUGAGAGACUACCAUACUACAUAAAGUGUUCAUGCUAUGUAUUUCCAUGACAAGCUGUAAGAUAAGACUGCCUCUCUAUAAAAAAAUUAAAUAAACAUACUUUACUCCUUUUUUCCACAGCAAUUUUUCCUUCCUAGAAUUAUACUUGCAAAACCCAAAUAAUACCAUUAAAUUGCAAGAUACAUUUGGUAGGCAUUACUUCUAAGAAUAUAUUUCCAGCAGUUACACAUUUCAGUCUGCCAAGUAAAAGCCACGGAGAUGGCAUUAGAUUUCCCCAAGGACUCUCAUCGCCCCCAGUAUUUCUUUGUGAGCUCUUUUGGGAGGAUGAGAGCAUUAGGCCUUUUAGUAAUUCCUUUAAUGCUAUUGAACAGAAAUGUACUUUAUGAUUUCUUUGUAACGUCACAAAAACCUAUUUUUCUUAUGAAGUCUUGCUUCAACUUUUACAGAUAAAUCUAGCCCAACUCCUAAAUUUCAGAGGUUUUUUCUUUGCUUUCUCAUUUGGGAUUCAGCAUUUAAACUAAAAGGUUUUAGCUCUGUGAUCCCUCUGAAUGCUAUUUAUUUAUUUAUUAAAAAGCAACAAUAAAUAAAUAUACCUUUACUGUUCGAAUAAAGGAAGCUAUAAACUUCUUUGAGGUUUUUUUUAAACUAAAAAGUGCAUGUAAAAAUAAAUGAAAUGUGUGACAGAAAACAGAUGAAGAGAAAGUGACUCAAGUGAAUGCUAAAAGUUUGACACUUUCAAAGAGGCCAGUGGAGAUUGUGAGUUACCAAGUGAAAUGCAACCAUGUACUGUCUGCUUGUCUUGCUUUGUUUUGCCCUAUCUCAGAACAGGGCACCAUCAUGACUAGUGAUGGGUUGCGUUUGUCUCAGGGCAUCACAUGUUGGGCAGGCCAGCCUUCAUGGCUGGUAGGAUAGAGCUGGCUUUUAUUGACAUAUGUAAGAAGCAACACACAUUCAUUUCCAUAAAUCAUAAGAAAGGCUGAAAUGUUUCCACCAAGAAGACUUCAUUUGAAAACUCAGAUGCUACAUGCUGUGUUGUUGGGCUUAGAAAAGGUUGGGAAAUAAUGUGGUCUUGGGUUGUUGGAAAGUUCCAAUGAUAGCAUUCCCUAGUCCUGUUCAGGCUCACAUUUCAGAACACUUCUGCCACAGCCAGAAAAGUAGACUUUUCAACUGUUUGUACAGGGUUAGGAUGCACAACAUUAAGCUCAGAGUCCUUUGGCUUUCAUGACUCCCAAGGAAAGCCCUUCUCGUUUUUACAGCAGGAGUAGCCAUCCUGGAGGGCACCACGUUGGUUACCUCUGGACUUACAGGGUCAGCUGAUGCUAUGACAGCAUCUUAUUCACCUUUGAUGACGCCAGUACAUAACUUGAGUCUAAUGUAGGCAAUUAUUUUUGGGUAUUCCCAGUGCUCUUUCCUUUAGCUCACCUGCGAUGUAUUUUAUCAGUCCUACAGUCUGUUGGUAUUGCUGUGCUGAUACUUGCACAAGACCCUGAAGAUUUGCCACCUGUCAAAAUAGACCGUAUUGAGCUAGAUGGAUCAGUGGCCCGUAUGGCAGCUUUAUAAGUUCAUGGCUAUAUGACAGUCUUCUGAAAUGCUAAUUCAUCCACUACUUCCUCCUAGGUUUCUGCUUUCAUACUGAGAUUUCUUUUGUCCUCUGGGAAAUUUGUCUCAGCUUGCAAACUUUUCUUGAGCCUUUAUACAAACACUGAAGCCAAGAAUUGAUUUGAUCGUCCUCUUUUAUUAAUGCCUCCCCUAUUUCUCCCAUCUGCUAUUGCUGUAACUUUGCAGUCCUGUUAUGACUUGUUCUCUACAGGUACUGGACCUUUCCUAUGAACUUUACAGGGUUCAACACAGGUCUCCUUUUUUCAUUAAAAGUUCUUAACUUUUUACUGCCCGUUCAGUUUAUUACUCAUCUUCCCUUAAUCUGAAGGUCUAGUAUGCCAUUUUCUUAAGUGGAGUUUUGUACUCUGACCAUAUAAAGGCACCAGAGUGAGCACUCCAGAUUGGCUCUGCUGCUUUGUCCAUGCACCCCUGUUGUUGCCACUGCCCCCAGCCCCCUACAGCUCUGUGCCAGUUGCUACUGAUAGAACCUCAGUUCCUAUUAAAUUACUAAAAAUUGCAUAGGAUGCAGAGCUGACUUCGUUAUCGUGUAGGAGAUGGAUAUGGGCAAUUCUGCUGCAAAAAUCUGGAGCAACUGCAAAAUAUUUUGGCUGUUCAGGAGAUCGUUUCUGCAGGUCAACAGAAUCUAUUCUAAUCCAAAGCAGGCCUGUCAUUGCCAUGAGUGAAACCAGUUUGGUUCUUUUGUAGUUAAAGUAUGAGCUUAAAUAUGAUUCCUUGGAAGACAAUACAAGCAAAAUUUAUUCAGAGUUCUCUUUCAUUACUUUCAUCAUUUGUGUCCUUUGGUGAGGUGCAGAAAUUCAUUUUCUGAUCAAACUGUGAGAUCUUUAAAUCCUGCACAUAUGAUUGCUUCUGUUCUUUUGGGUUCUUUAUUUACCAUUGCUAUUAAACGGGGAGGAAAAUAACUCUCUCCUUAUGGUUCUAUUCUUGUUCUGAUAGUUUCAGUGAUUUUACUUUUUAUCACUUAUAACAUUAUAUUGAGCAUUCCUUGAAUUCAACAUAACUCAAGCUUGCACUGGCUGUGCAUAUACUACUGGGCCAGGCUCACGGUUUGUGUAUUAAUCCCUUAACAACUUGGGUCUAGGAUACUUAAAGGACUGCCUUAUCCAUUAUAUCCCUUUCCAAUCACGGAGGCUUUAGGGAGUCACCCAUGGCGCAGACGCACAGCUCAUGUCAGCUAUAAGCCACGUGCUCAAUACUGUGGGCCCAAUUUUGUGGAACAGGUCAGACAGGCCCCCUCCCUGUUGAAUUCUGACACCAACUGAAGACAUAUAUUUUUUUAAUCCAGCAAGUAUUUUAACUGAAUUCUGAUUUUAUAGUUUAACUGAAUUUUAUUGCACCAAGUUUACUGUACACUGUUCAGAGACAAAUAUAAUUAGGCAUAUAUAAUUUUAAUUAAGCAAAUAGAAAUUAUUAUUUAAAUUGUUGAUAUAAAGUAAAAAAUAAAGGCAAGGCAAAGCUGUAUCUGUACGAAGUAUCUCCCCUCCCCCUUCGAUACUUUUCAAUAGUUUUUUCCUGCUUGGGUUCCUCUUGAGCCCUUGUCCUAAGGGGGGCUCUCUGCAGGCAUCCUGUCUAAGCAGCUCUGUGUGUUCAGUAGCCUCUCCUUUCUUCCCUUUGUAUGCUGUGGUGAGAACAGGAUGCUGGACUAAAUAGGACAUUGGCCUGAUCCAGCAGGGUUUUCUUGCAUUCUUAUGUAGUGUAUCUCCCCUCCCCACUCCGGCAUAAUACAAUUAUAGGAUUUCUCUGUCGGCAAAACAAAGGAGGUCUAUCACUAAGGACAAAUUGAAAAUUGGUUCUUCCUUCCGUUUUGCCGUGCGUAUUUAGAAAUUCAGUUGUUGCAAGCAAGAAUAGAAGCUUUUGAAGCUUUCUUCACUAAUUAGCAUAAAACACUCAUUAUCUCUGGACUCAGCUAGAUUGGUAAAGAAAAAGCGAUAUAUAUGCAUUAGAUAUCCAGAAAGGGGAGGAGGAGAAUGGCUAUUUCAAUUCCAGACUCAGCUCUGCAGUGAGGUGACCUGCAACUCGGGAGGUAUGAAAUAACUCUUAAGUGGCAAAAUGUUAGCUUCUAGCUAUUUACAAAGUGCUAGCGAAUGCUCACGUGGAACACCAGAGGUGUUGAAAGCAUGUGCUAUGUAUGAAAAUACUCUACAAAACAUGAAAUUGCCAUCAACGGUAAUGGCUGUUUUUAAACAGAAAGAAUGGCAAUUCAGAGAACUGUCUAGAGUAUUGAAAGCAGUUGAGCCACAUCUUCUGUUCUUGAUGUAGAUUCAUUUAUGGAAUGAUGUAGAUUCAUUUAGGGAAUGAGAUGUAUUCCCAUUAAUACUUAAACGCAUUCAGGUUCUUUCCUUAAUACUUUUGAAAUGCUGUUUCCAUCUCUGUGUUCAUCCAGUUAUUUAAAUUGCUUGUUAGGCUGUCAGAUUGUCAUACAGGUUUUAAUUUCCUGCAGGCUUUGCUAAUUUAAUCCCUGUACAACUUCAGUUUAGCUGUCUUUGUUGAACCCAGCAAGGCUUCUCAUAAUUAAAAGUCAGAAACUACAUACAGUCUUGCAUUUCUAAGGUUAAUAAAUACAAAUGAUAUUUUCAUUGCCAUAUUCUAUUAAACUAAUCAGUUAAGGUCUUGAGCAUGCAAUGCUUAAAUUCACUAUUUGAUGGAGAUGGACUGUUCUCGGUAUAUACACCUAUACCGAGAAUAGUGUAAACCAUCCACUUACGUCAUAACAACUAGAAUUACUUUUGCUAUCAUUAGUGCCCUUUUCCAAGCCACUAUAAUCACAAAAACGGCUGAUGAGAUCCCUAUGUAACUGAACAGUUCAAACCAAAGUUUAUCUACGUGAUUGUAUACCUAAGUUAAGUGUGUCAUCAAAUGGUGAAAAUAAGCACUGGGGCUUAUUAACUAUAAGAAAACAGAUAUGGAUUUCUAGAUUGUGAAAUGGUUUCACAUCCUGUAGUGGCAACAGAAAUUCGACUGUGUACACACCAUACAUUUCUAGCACAUUUAAAGCACAUCACUUACCUCAAAGAAACUUGGGAACUGUAAUUAGUUAAGGGUACAGGGCAUUGUGCUCUGUGAGGGGUAAACAAUGGUUCCCAUGAUUUUCUGGGGUAAUUCAUAUGCAUUAAAUAUAUGACAUGUAAAUUCUAGCAGUCUAAAACAGGACUAAGAAACCAUGGGGGUAGGGAAUACAGUCUGCCAGGCCUCUCUGUCUGGACCUCAGGACUCUUACCUAUUUCCUUACCUUUAUUUUAUUAUAUUUGUAUCCCACCUUUUUUCCUAGAACCAAGGCAGUCACCCAUCCAAGCACCAACCAGAGCCAUACCUGUUUAGCAUCGGCAAGGUGGUGGCCUCAUGUGCUUUCAAACUAUACCCUUCAGACCAAACCAUGGGAAUAUACAGUGUGUACCCACCCUCUCUUUCCCAGCCAUUCUGCUUGAGUGCUUUUGCCUGGCUGGAAUGUGUCCUUAAACUGAUAAUAGUUUUAGUAGUAGUAGUAGUAAUAAUAGAAGUAAUAAUAAUUUAUGAUUUGUACCCCGCCCGUCUGACAGGGUUGUCCUAGCCACUCCGGUUGGCUUACAACAGAAUAUCAAAGAACACAACAAAACACACACACACACAAAAGCUUCCUGAUACAGGGCUGCCUUCAGAUGUCAGUGCCACAACUUUCACUCUCUGUCCUGAGAUUGCAUUUUAAUAACUCAGAAAGAACACUCUCUCUUUACUCUGAUGCAACAUUUAGUGUUGUUCCACUGAAGUUGUUAGCAUUUUUCCUGUAAACCACUAGACUGGUAACUACCUAAUCUCUUUCCCAUUUCAUUUUAAUCUUUCUACUGUGCUUUUCUAGAACCACUUUUCAGUUACAAAAACACUUGUUUUGCUAAAGAACAAUGAUUGCCUUGUUUUCAGUCAUUACUCUCUUCCUACAUUGUCCACAAUAUGGUCAUUCUUGCCAGAUACUGUAAAAAUCACAAUGUAUUCAGCAUGUACGAGACAGCAGUUUUACAAGGUGGUUUCUCUUUGUGAUUUUUCCUCUUCCCUCUUUUAUAUGCCUGCUGCCAAGCAUUUCUGUCCACCAUCUUCAAUGACUUCAUCUCUCACUGAAUUCCCUGUUCAUGGCAGUUUAUGUGCCCUUAUGAUACGCUGUGCCUCCAAUUCCAGAUGGCUCAGAAUUUCCCUUCUUUAGAUGUCUUGGAAUAUAUUUGAGGGCUGUUCCCUUUUGACCAAGUCACUUUUUGGUUCAGGGCUUAUGUAGGUACUUCACAACAAGAAAAAGGAGCAAUUAUAUUUGUGAUAAUUUACAAUAUAAAUUUACACUAAACCAAGAGCGCUUGCACACAAACCAUUUACAGUGCCGUAGCUAUUUGUUUCAGUGUUUCUUGGAGUUAAAUUUGUAUGUCACUGUUUCAUGGUAUGUGAUUGCCUUGUUUCCUGUCCACACGAACUAGUAAGUGGUCAGAGUUAUGAGCAUGGACACAGAGCAGUGAUAGUCCUUAAAAAGGGAUUUUGUGUGUUUGUGAUGCUGAGGUAUUUAACACCUGUUAUUCCAGAAUUAUGUUUGGGGGUGGUGUUAGAUGGCAAGAAUUUCUUGAGUUAACUGCUUUAGUCUGAGAUAUGCAUAACUUGUCAGAAGAGGUUGAUGAAAGCGGGAAAGUGUGAAAUGGAAGUUGCUCAAACCACACACUCCAAAGGCCACACAAAAUGUGGGAAAUUGCAUAAAACAGCUUCAACACAAUAAAAAUAUUGCAGAACUAUUUUAGAUCUUUGACAAAAAAAAAAUUGGCUGUAGAAGAAAAGAUGGUUUGAUGACUGCAAUAUUCCAGAAUAGCGAUGGAAUAAUAACAAGGUCAUGUGGAAACGCAUGGAAAUUUUUUAAAAAGACAGCAACAAUAGUGCUACAAUUUAUAUGUCUGGAAGGGACACAAACCUCUUCUCAGAAGCUCCACAAUAUCAGUUUCCUCUGCCCCUCCACUUUACAGAAGAAUUGUCUUCUGGUGCUUUCACUAAUCCUGAUCCUGGUAGAUCGCAGGAUCCUUAUUGUGUACAAAAAGUUACGGGGUAAAAGCUAAAAAAACUCUGUUCAAUCCUCCACCCCCCCCCCAAGCCCAACAACUCUGGGCACCUCAAAAAAAGCUCAACAACCCUGGGCAAUCCACCCACCCCACGCCCGCUCCUCCUCCCUCCAAUGACAAUGGGUAGAUCACUGCCAGUUUUUUUAUACUGGGAGUAGAUCACAGUCUCUUGGGAGCUGGACAUGCCUGCGCCCAUCUCUUUUCUGUUGCCUUGAUUAAAGCACAGACUCUUUGGAUAGCUGUGUAAUUCCUGGCCUCUUGUGGUAGAGCAGGUGAGAAACCAAAUGUAAUCAUAACCUAAAUUGUUUUGUUCAGUCAAUAUGAAAACAAUAUUCCAUAAAUACUCCGAAUGGCUAUGCAAUAUCUAUAACUUCAUUAAGUGGCCCGGUGCAACACUUUAUGUUUACUUUUAUGUUUAGCUUGCCUAUUAAAUGUGCAGAAUCCAUAUAUAUAUAAAAUGAAGGAAAUUUAGCUGAAAUUACAAAGCACUGCAUAUUUCCCCCUCACUGUCUCAGUGCUAAUAUUUGCCUCACUUGCUUCACUUACGGCUAUCAAAGAGCUUGCUUUAGGAGGAAAGAGCUUAGUAAGUAUAUAUGAUACAGCAGAGGCAAUAGAAAAUUAAACACACCCAAGAGGCUCUGCUUUAAACUGUGUAUUUUGCAAGCGCUUUGUACAUUAGUUCUCAAUAAGCUUCCUUUCCUCUUAGUUCCAGUGAGACAUGCUGUGUUAUAUUGCCUUUGAUUUCUAGAGUUCAAUGCUCUCAAGCCACUGAGAAAUUAUGCAGUUUUCCACCUCCACAAUAACAAUUAUAAAGAAUGUAGUAACGUAAUCCAAUCACAUUACUCCACUUUUUAAACACUUAACAGUGUUACUUAGACAUCUGAAGCCCUUCCCACACUUCCUUUCCCUUUGUACCAUAUGAUAAAAAGGCAAUAUGCAUGAUCCAGCCAAAGUUAAGCACUCUGAAUUUCCAUAGAUACAAUGGGAGCAUAUUUAACAUUUACAGCCUGCUUUACUUUCCCACUUAAGUCAGUGGGACUUUACAUUGCAUACCUAUUGGCUUGAUUGUACUUUUGAUUUUUUAAAAAAUUACAUUUAGUAUGUACUUUCGGUUAGACAAAAAUAACCAGCCAAUUGUCCAGACAGUUUUUGGCAAUAAAAAUUAUUCAACAUGAACUGAAUAAUUAAUGUAAAUAAUGAUAAAGUAAUGUAUAUUGUAGUUGGGUUAGAAAUUUGCAUUCCCCCCUCCCUCACCAAAUUGUUUAGCUUUUGUAGCCUAAACUCAGGGUGGGGCUAGAAGUUAUUAGCUUCUUAACACUCUCCCUGCCUGGCAGUUUUUAAUACUCACCUCCAAGCUGUCUUUCAAAGGCAGAAGUGAGUCCUGCUGUGGGAUAAAUGGUUGGGAGGCAUUUGUAGGUGAGAAUCAGCUGGUGAAGUAAAGAUUUGGAACACAGGAGUUGUCCUAGGUUGAGUCAGGUCAACACUGACUAGAAGUGGCUCAUCUGGUUAUACUGGGGAUCCUUCACAGUCCCACCUGGGCAUACCAGGGAUCAAACCUGUGACUUCUGCAUGCAUAGUAGGUGUUCCACUUUUGAUGGGUUGCGCUUCCCAUUUUUCAAUCCUCAUAUUUUGGCAAAUUCAGGGAUUGUAGCUAUUCUUAGCAGAGAAAAAGAGACAUUGCAAAAUUGGAAUGCAGCAGAAAGAUCCAACUGAGAGACAGUGUAUUGCAGUCUUACAAGAUAUCAAGUUUCCAAGCUUUCAGUUUACACUGUUGUUGUUGUUGUUUUGUAUUGUCUCAGAAAUAAGCCCUUGGAGCAAAUCUUGUACAUUGCUAUAGGGAAACAAAUCCAAUUUUCAAAGUCCAUAAACUUUUUAAAUGCCCAUUAUCUUUAUUGUAUUUAUGAACCAAAAGGCAAUAUAACAAAAUAGUUUAAAUUGAGAAUAUGAUUCAAGAAGCAUAAAUAUAAGUUUGAACUAAAUAAAUUAGGUCUAAUGUGUUUUGGGGCAUGAAAAUGAACGCUGGGGAGCUCUUGUAAACCAUCUAGACAUCAGUUAUGAACCUGCAGUUAAUAUUUUUAAGAAGCAAUUGUAGUUUGGUUUAAAAAUCUUUUAAUGCCUUUCUUUACUGGCAUAGCUUACCUAAAGGCAUAUAAUUUGAAGGUCAGCUUUUACUGUUGUAACCAGUAAAUCUCAGGUAGAAACAAACAACAGCUGAUAGCAGAAGGUUUGGCAUUAUCCUCCUUAAGCGACCAAAGCUUGAAAUUGUUAGCAGAGGAACAUUUUGCUUGGAUACAUACAAGGGAAGUGUGCUAGUUAUCUAAGCCAGUUUGUACAUCCUACAGCCUGUGCCUAUGAUUCAUGAUGGAACUGCAUGGUAUUGCAGUUCCCCAUAUUAAGAAGCUUGUUUCUGUUACCAGCAGCUACACACAUAGGUUGUUACAUUUGUGAAUUGAGGCUUAGCUGACAUAAGAAAUCUAUGAGCUGAUUGCCUAUGUCUUUUUCUUUGCUUGAAAGUAGAUUCAGGGGAGGUCAGUUUGGACUUAUCCAAAGCUACUGUUAGCCCCCUAGGGGAGGGGUGGAAAGGGCAGAUACUACAGAGACUUACCUGCCUUUUCAUCCCUUUAUGACUAAGAGCAGUUUAGAAGGCAGGGGCGAUUCUGAUAGAGAAAAAGGCACCAAGAUUAGCCCCCAUGCCCCAGCACUGUGAUCCCAAGUCCAAACUGCCCUUUCCCAAUGGAUGGUCCAAUCACAUCAUGACUAGUUUAGCCCCAGAGAGUUUAAGAAAAUGUGCUUUGAAACAACCAAUUAAUGAAUAGGUUCACAUGUAACAGUUUUCCAGAGUAAUUUAUGGCCCCUCCCUUAAAAACACCUCAUUUUCUCUCCACGAUGCAAUUCUUAUAUCCACUAUCUUAAAUUCAAUGAUCGUUGAGUAAGGGAGUAAUUACAAUUAAUACUUUUUUUUCAUAAGGAGGUUCUAACCAAUUAUUUCUGUCUGGAAUGACCAAAGUAGUUACCUUCAGUUGAACAGGCAAACUAUCUUAGGUAACCUUGUAAGCAUUUGCCUUCAUGAGAAAGCGAUCUGACAGCAAUAGGUAGAUUGACCUACAAGUCAGUAAUGGAAGAGAUAAUCUUUAAAGCUGAAAUACCAUACUUACUUACCUUGGAGUAAAUCCUAUUAAACAGGGAGGCUUACUUCUGAAUAGACAUGUAUAAGAUUGUGCUGUAAAGUAUGUGGGGCAUAAGCUGUUUUGCCUGAUUAAUUUGUGCUGCAAGUACUCUAUUCAAGGUCCUGGGUUCACAUAUUGGGUACAGCUGGGAAACCAAAGGCUGAAUCUGCAGGGCCUGUUCCAGAGGUCACUAGAUUACACUCAGACUGUACCUUUAAGGGGCUAUAUAGCUCAGUAGUAGAGCACUUGCUGUACAUAGGUUCCAUCUUCAAGUAAAAUACGUCAAACAGCAGCAUUAGGGAGAAGGAUUGUCUGAGACCACAAUCUGCUGCCAGACUGAACCAUUAGACCCUUGGUCUGGCUCAGUGUAAGAUGACUUACUGCAUUCUUAUGUGACUCCAGUACAUUUAGUAAACCAUCCUACAUCUCUAGUUAUUAUUAGCUGUCUUGAAAAGGAUUCAAAAUAAGGAGAGAAACUAGGCUGAGUUUUAAUACCUAUGCCACUUUCCUCCACCACUGUAAUUCCCUUGUCCAAGACACCUGUGUAUAUACUGUCCACUUCUAUUAUAGUAACUGAUGACAGCCUGAGGGACAGAGCAAAACAACUUGACUAGUGCAUCAUUGGCAAUGCUGGAAAAAAAAGAAACGACAACACAGAACUUAAAUGUCUAAGAACUGAUUCGGGGAGGAGAAAUGGAGAGGAGUAAAUAGAUUUCUUCUGUCAGAAACGCUCAGCACAACUUUCAUUACAUUUUAAAAGCAGUUAAAAUGCAUUCAUAAGCCAGAUUGACAGCAUGGCCCUCCUCCUUCAUUUUUUAUCACAUAAUACUAACUAGUCACCCACUCAGCACAAAGCAAACCUUCUCAUUACUCACAUAUUAGCCUCACAGCAAGAGAACUUCCAAUUAAGCAUGGCAGUUUUCUCAGAGUAUUUUGGGGGAUGGGGUGGGGGGAACACACAGCACUCAUCCAGUUGCUGAUUUGUACAAAGCGGGAACAUGUUUUAAAAUUGGUUUAAUGAACAGACUUAAUCAAAGCAGUGUAGACCAACCCUGUUCAUAUUUAGUUGAAAGUAUGUCCCAUUGCUCUGUGGAUCUUCUAUGUAAGUAUGCAGAGGAUUUUGUUUCAUUUCGGUGUGCUCAGCUAUGCCUAACUCUGCAUAGCAUGGGACUCUAAGCUGUGGUCCUUCAGAUACUUACUAGGGAGACUUAUUUCAAAUUAACAAGUGGUAGGAUGCAGUUGUUAACUACGACAUCUGAGAGGACCAGUUUUAUUCAGUGGUCCCUAGGCAUCUCCUGCUUAUUUUUGAAGCCAAUACUCUUUCCCAGCUCUGUUUGGAGAUGCAGGGAUUGAACCAGAGGCGUUCUGCAUGCAAAGCAGGUGCUAUACCUCCAGGCUGUGGAUCCAAAGCUUUAACUGAGAUACAGCUCAUUAUUUUAGUCUCUUACCAAUCGUAAUUCAUUGCAAGUUUACAUUGACACAAUGUUAAGUCUUUGCAUGCCUAGAUAAAGUGACUAUAGAUAAGGAACUUGAAUUUUUAGAGCAUUUGUUUUGGGUUAUGUGACCACUAUGUUAAUAGGACUGGAGAAAUGUAGUAUUGUUGCUACCGGGUUAGGACGAAUGCAGCUUAGUCACAUGAUAAUCUAACGCCAUCAAGCAAAUUAUUAAACUACCAUAUAAGAAGAACUGAUAAGAGUCAGUUCAGUAGCUCUCCAAUGAUCUCCUUCAAUUAUUAUUUGAAUUAACUUUUAGAGAGAAUGUAUAUGUACUGUUACAACCCAAAUAUUAUGUUUAUUAUUUUAGUAUUAUUUUAUUAUUAUUUUAUACCUGGAGAUCUCAGUGCAGUUCACAGCACAGAAUUACAAUAUAAAAAACACAAAAUACAUAACACAACAGAAACAAAGACAGCUCAACGACAAACCUACCUAUACAACGCUGACACAAACCUCACACAUACACUAUGUGAAAGAACGAAAGUGUGCUACCCCCCUUCUCUCUCCCCCCACUCUUCUCCUCCAACCUUAUACUGUAUACAGUAUUAAAGUCUCACGUGAAAUAUGACUGAUCUAUAGAAAGGACUUUUAUGAUCUGAAAAUUGAGUUGAUGUAUGUACGUUAGUAACCAAAGAAAAUCUUUAAUAAAAACAUUAAAAAAAAAUAACCCUCCCUUCCACAGCACAUUUUAAAUGGGCAUUAGAUGUCAAUAAGCCAAAGGCCUGGUUAGAGAGGAAUGUUUUUGCCUGUGAUCACUUGUAUUUAUGGUGCUUCAUAUCAUUGAUAUAGUUGGACUGCCCAUAGAGGGUCAUAUAUGGCAUCCUGGUUUCACUAUAGCGAUGAGAAGCAGGUCUGUGGCUUCUUUUUGAUGGCAAGUUAUUUGAGAACCAUGUUUGAUUGCACAGGCUUUAGCCAGCACUAUGGGAGGAAAAAGGGAGUGAGCAAGCCACCUAACUUAGCAUGUGCUGCCAGAAAAUGAACAUUUUUAGGUUUCCUCUGUUAUUUUGUUACUUUCAAAAUAUCAAAAUAGAGGCAUCAGAACGUAAAGGUUAAAUCAAUUUAAAAUGUUCAUAAAGGUUUUCAAAAACAGGAAACAUUUAUUGUAAUGGUAUUUCUGGAGCAGGGGACAAUGGCACAUAUUUAAAAACAGUUAUUUUUGUUAACCAUAAACUGCUAAGAGGACCUGGCUGUAGCUCAAUGAUAGCUUUGCUGGCAGAAGGUCUCCGGUUCAAUCCCUGGUGUUUCCAUGAAGGGCUAAAUCAGAGCUUUCCAAACUUUUCAUGUUGUUGAUACACUUUUUAUACAUGCAUCAUUUUGUGACACAGUAAUUCAGUUUUACUAGCAAACUAACCCCUUUCCAGCCCCGGGAGGAGUGUGGUGAAUAUUCGCAUGACACAUCUACACACUGCAACCAACACACUAACAUGUCACAACACACAGUCUGGAAAUCUCUGGGCUAAAUAGUAUUAGAAGUAUAAUAACAUUAUUUAGCCACCAUUAUAAAAUAAACCAAUUAUUUUGGGGAAUGUUGCUUAGUUAGACACAAUUCUUUCAAAGAAUUAUUAACAGAUUUCGGCUGGAAAUAUGGAACUCUUUUUGGAUUAAUGCUUCUAAAAUUCAGAAUGUAUUUAUUACUCAGUGACUUGGCCAAGUUUUAUUGUUCAUUUUGAAAACAGUUGAGAUAAACAAGAGAUGGCCCCAUAGUUUAUGUGGCCUUUCACAUGCUGCAACUGCUGUGGUUUAAUUUCAACCAGGAAUGGGGGACUCGUGAAUCCCACCAGCCCCAGCUUGUGUGGCCAAUGGUGAGGGAUGAUGGGAAUUGUAGUCCAAAGGCAUUUGGAGGGCAACAGACUCCCUAUACCUGAUUUAAACAUUUGGUAAGCUGUUGUAAGAGAAUUGUACUUGAAAGUCAUUCCAGCCAAAGCCCGCUAACCUAUUUUCUUUUAAAGUAAUGCAGGACAGGCACUGACUGAGUUUAUGAUGCAGCUGCCAGAGACGGCUAUUCUCUGUAAUAACAGGAAAGUAGUGACUCCAUAGUGGGAGAAUAUGGCUCCAUGGUGGGAGAAUUGGAGUGCAAAUACACAAGAUUGUUCCUGUUCAUUUGUGAAGUGUUACAGAAUAUGAUCAUAUCCUAGCAACACCUUAAUAUAUGCAAAAAGGAGGGUUAAAACAAAUAAUUUUGCUUAGUACUGCUGCUAGCAACUAAAACUAAAAACAUUGCUUUAGACUGAGCACUCGUCUGUCUCUUCAAGAAAGCUAGGCUUCAGAGUGUUGGGAUUAAGGUCUGCAUCAAACUGCACAGUGGAGUGUUAGCAGGAAAAGCAGGAGAGGCCCACUAAAAUAUAAAUGAGCUGCUUGCCCUUUGGAUUCAUUCUUCAUGAAACGAAACAUUAAUCCAAAAUGAAGAACGACCUGAGGUAUAGGGGUUCUGCCAGAUGGAGUCAACUGGAAAUUAAAGCUGCUCCAAUGUUGGUGGGCAAGGCAAACACAGGAAGCUAAGGAAUAUUAUUUUUGUCAGAUGAAAGCAUGCACAGCAGAGAACAUGCAUAGUGCCAUGCAAGACCAGCAGCCUGAUCUUUGGCAAUUUUGCUUUGUGGAAUGAGACUUACUCUCAACUAAGUGUGCUUCAGAAUUCCGCUUGGGAAUAAGUAGGAGGUUGACUUGGUGUGGAUUUAUGUCCUGCUUCCUCCCGUUCAAUUCCUUGGAAAAAUUACUUUGACAUUCUAUGCUCCCUGCCUGACAGAAAGUGGGAAUAAACAAAUUCCCCAUCAGUUUGAAUCUGAAUUGCUCAUUGAUUUUUUAACAGUGAUUCUUCUGUCCACACUAGUUACUUAGAAUACUGUUAAAAAUGUGAAAGGUGUGAUCUUUUGAGGCUUUUCCAGAGACUAGUUACCCGAAAGUAUGACAUUGACUAUUUGUGUUGCAAAGGUUUAUGUUUUAUGUUUUCAUCUUAGUUCAUUUUUCCUGUAAUAUUCAUGUAUUAUAUGGAUGGGCGAGCUUCAAGCUUGUGGGAUCUGUUUGUUUGCUUACUAGAGCCCUCAGAUCCAUCAGCUGGGGGACAAGUGUUUGCAUAGGGACUCAGUGGGGGAGACAUUCACUUAAAGGUAAAGAGGACUUCUGAAUACAUCCUCCCCCAGGAAUUUGUUUUUGUUACCAAAUGUGAGUUCUUAGUUUUUCACAUAAAAAUUCAUGUAUGGCUCCCGCCCCCCAUCUCCCUUCCUAAAUUUCUUCAUUUCAGCAGCAUUUAGUCUUUAUUUUUUAUAGUUUUCAUUUAUAUACAUUACAACAAUUAUUUAACCAAGUUUUAACAUUUUCAAUUUUGACUCCCUCCCCCCUCUUUCUGCGGUUCCUUACAUUUAUUUUCAUCCUUUCCUGCAUACUUCAAAUUGCCUUAACUUAUUCUUUUAAUCGUCUACUCUCAUAUAUAUCUCAUAUCUAUUUUUUUAAACUGCAGGUUUUUACAAUAAUCCUGCCAAUGUCUCGAUCUGUUUAUAGUUUGUUUAUAAAUACUCAAUAAACUACUUCCAUUCCUUCUAAAAGUUUCUUAUUCUUCUGUUAAGUUUUGCCAUUUCUGCAUACUCCAUUGGUUUCUGCAUUCAAUCUUCUUUCUUUCGGACCUCUUCAUCCUUCCACUUUUGGGCAAAUAACAUUCUUUAAUCGGUGCUUUUUUUCUGGGUAUACUCAAGGGUAUGCAGUACCAACACCCCCCCAAUGGUAAGAGUGUUGCAAUUACUGUAAUAGCUUCAUGGUGAGUACCAGCACCAUUUUUUCUUAAAACAAACAAACCACUGUUAAUCCUUAAGGUAAUACCUGGUGGUCACAAGCCUUUGCUGUUCUCCUUCCAUCUACAUCAGUCCCCGCACCUUCCUCCCCCAGAAUACAGGAGCUUCCACUUUUAUUUAUUUAUUAUUUUAGAGGGGGGUACAAAUAACUUGAUGAAAUAGGUGUGCAGGGCCAUUCCUAAAGAAUAUUGCCCAUUGUGGUGGAAGGAAAUGAAAGAGGGGUUUUGUGCUGGUUAUAAUGGAUAAACUACAACAUGUUCCCCAUUUUGUAUGGGCAAAAUAGAAAGAUUUCUGCUUGAAUAGACAUAUUUAAUUGUGUUUUAAUAUAAGUUUCUUCGAGAGCCCACUGAACAAAACCAGUAAGGUAUAAUGGAUAGAGUGUUCAACUUGGACCAAGGAGAUCUGAGUUCAAAUCCUCACUCUACCAUGAAACCCAAAAUAAAAUCAUUACCUUUCAGUCUAACUUAUGUCACAACAUUGUCGUGAGAAUAUAAUGGCGCAAUCCCAAUGUAAAUCAUCGGUAUCCUAAGUAUCUUCUUGGGAGGGUAGGUAACAAAUUUAAACAAUAUUACUAUUUGGGCACAUAUAUUUGAAAAAUACAUUAUUCAUAUCAAUAGCUUGCUAUAUUGUUAUUUUAAUCUGAUUGCACCAACCAUUGAAAAAAUAAAGGAAUGCAAUGCCUACUCCAUCAUUUAAAUAGAUACGGAAUGGCUCAGAGAGAGGCAGGACAAGGGCUGUUGGGGGCUUAAUGGCUAAGGCUUACAUUUAUUGUGCUUCUGUAAACUGGCUGGGAUUGCACCAUUAUGUUUUGGUACUUCAGCAAUGCAAGAAAGCAAAACAGGUGUGCAGGCAAUAAUAUAAGGACGACAGUAGUAACUGCUGCAGUGCCUUUGGUGUAGUGGAUAAUUGUCGCUUGUUCUUGCAACGUUCUUUUCCCCUCUAUUUGGAAUCAUGGGGCACUACGUGCCUGAAUGAUUUUCUGUAGCGGUGUCUCUGCACAAGCCUACUCAGUUGGUUCACUACAGUAAAACAGAAGUGUGAUUGAUGUGUUUUGUUGUAGGGAAUAAAGGAAGCCAAUGCAGAUUCUACUGUGGUUCCAUGCUUCAGCGACGUUUGAUAUUUAUAGGAAUAUUCCACCUGGCUCUAAAAGACUUUGUAUAAUACCAUAACAUUCAGAUAAAUAACCAAACCUGUUUUGGAAUGUCUGAUUGCCUUCUGUUUUAUUACUAGUUUGAUGCUGAGAGAGAUGAGGAAGAAGUAUUCAAAGACAUAAGCAUGGCAGUUGACAACAAACUGUUUCCUCCUAAAGAACCUGUUGAAGGUGAGUUGAUUAUUAACCCCCAAAUACUGUAGGCCCAGCCUUGCUUUCACAAUGUAACAGAUUUUCAAGAUCAAAAUAUAUUACUGCUUCAGAAAAAGUAUAUUAAUAAAAAAAAUUAAUGUCAUUGAUUUUAGGGGGUUCCAUGUCUAUUAUGUAUGCACUAAUAUGUGACAUUUUCUGAGCACUAUUAAUGUUCUGUUGAUAUACAAUAUAUAAUGUAUGAGACAGGGAUGGUUCACAUAUUCCCAAAUUCAUACUUGAAAAGUGCUACCAUAAAGGAUUUUUAAAACCACAUUUGGAUCAUAAUGUGUUAAGUGAUCAUCACACAUUAUAGUGUAUAAAGAUGAAUUGACCCAUUUCUCUCCUGAAUAUGAUUUGUGUGUAAGAUUUAGCAGUGUGAAAAGCAGCCCAAAGUAUUUUUUCCUGGUAGCAGGCCUUUUUCAUACUAAAAACACAAAAACCCACUGGUAUUAAUUAGCAUACUAUAAUAUUGUAUGUGUGUGCAUGUGCACUGUGUGAUUUGUUUACAGUUUUGUAAACCUGCGAAAUGCAAAAAUAAAAAAUAAAAAAGAUACUAAGCAGGUCUUGCGCUUCGAGGACUUCAGGUAACCCUUCAGAAAUAAAUUCACACAGACUCAUAUUUUAGUUUAACGUUGAUGGGCAAAAUUUAGGCCACAACUUUAUUGAUUACACAAUGUGAGCGGUAUUGGCUUAGGCAUUGACAAACUAUAACUGACUCCUGCCCACCCCACAGGAGGUCUGGAAGGGUAAACCAAGCAAGGGAGCUACAUCAAUGCAAAUUGACUGUAGCUCACCCCAGAGUUCCUGUGGUUCUGGCAUGGCCCUAGCCCUUCAAGCGGACUUCAGACGAGAUCCAGGACCCCCAGAUUCCUGUAACGGAAUACCCUUUUCAUGGAGGGGCAGGUGAUGGCCACACCUCACCUCCCCCAUCCACAACUAAGUCAGUGCCUAACCGCCCAACCUUACAAAGUUGUGACAAUUGCUGGGAGGUAGGCAAAAACCAAAUGGCCAGUGCCAAUCUGCCACGUGGACAAAAUUCCUACCAGGCUCCUGCCACAAAACAGGUGACCAACCGAAGUCCCAAGCAAGGCCAAAGCACAGAAAACCAAAGAGGGCGGGUGGGUGGGUGUUUGGCCGCGCGAAGCAAGUGGCUCUGAUGCAUCACACUGCCGUUUAUAAAUCCUCCUCCUCCCCCAACCCGCAAAUCAAUCUGAUUGGGUGUCGCAACUGGCGCGAUCGUGGGACCGCCCCAAAAACAACCGGGCUAUGCCCAACCUCCAGAUGCUGUGGGGGCCCCAAGGUCCUGUGCGCAAGCAGGACACUCCUUGAAGAGGAUCCCAUUUGUCAAAAUUAGUCAAACUAUCAUUUUAACCUCUACCUCUAUUUUAUUUGAACUAUUUCUUCUGUCAAACAGAAAUAAGAUAUUAAAGAGAAAUCCUUAAUUAUGAUUCUUCCUUUUCUGUUAGGGUGAGGGAAACCUAUAAAAAGCUGAACAAAAGAAUUAAAAGCCAAAGAGCCCUUUGCUUACAUCAAAGAUUUUAAUAAAGCAAUAUUUUAACUCAGUUACCUCCACUACUAAUAAUUUCUUCCUGCAGUGUAUCUAUUCCAACCUGCAGACUUUCAACAGAAUGUUUUUGUAGCAUAUCCAAGCCUUUGCAUCUUAAAUUCCAAUACUGUAAUUGGUAGGAAGAAAUGGUUUUUAAAGGAAAAAACUACUGGCGGUCUUCAAAGAUGACAAUAUAUUCUUAUUCAUUGUUGCUUCCUAACAUAUAAUAAGGCUGUUGCUAAGGGCAACAACUUGUCAUGAAAUUCUGCAGUUUAAAUAUAUAUAUAUAUUUAAAGAAUGAAUUAGAAAUACCUGAGGAUAAGAAUGAAACACUUUUAUCAUUCUGAUGCCAAUCAAUCUAUAAUAAAUUGUUGUCUUAACAAGACAGCGUCUUGCUGUCUUCAUAAUUUCAAACCACUUUUCUAGCAUUCUGUGUGUCAACACAAGACUUUAAACUUUAAAGCUGUUUAUAUGUAUCUCAUUAUAUAUUUGUCCAUAAACAAAAAGGGCAUAUAGAUGAGCAGUAUCUCUCUUGGAGGUUAUUUACAGUCGUUUUUCAAAUCAAAAAAUGAACAGAUAAGAUAAAAUUGAAAACAUUCCUUAAAGAAUUGCCAUCAAAAGCAGAGUAUAAGUUACAAACAAAAGUAGUGCUGAACUGUGUAGGGCAAAAUAAACUGGCUUUGUGUCAGGCAGAAAUACACAUGUCAGUGAUCAUGAGUUCCCAGAUGUGUGGUUUCCAACAUUAAUAAAAGGAGAAUAAGCACUUACAGCAAAGGAUUACCAUAAAGGUGGUAUGGUUACUUUUUCCUAUCCCUGCCCAUUUCCUCCACUGCAACUCCACCUCCCUGGUGGGCUUCUGGCCUGGGACUCCAAAAUACUAGGGACAGGAGGGAGGAGGUUCAAAACAACCUGGAGAAUAUUCGCAACAAAAUAUUGGUAGCCAGGAAAAAGUUAAGCUGACUAGGUGGAGAGUAAGUAUAUAUUAGAAACCAGGAGCUGUUGAUACCAUUUUCUCAGAGCAGCAGACUAAGGAGAGGAUUGUAGACUACUGAGAGGCUCCUUAAGGUACACCUGCCCCAUUAUAACUCCCUUUGUUGCCACUGCAUUUGAAGGGGAGCAGAGUCAGAGGUUGUAGCAGCUGGAUAUCAGCCUGAGAGAGGAAUCCUUGCCACUACAUAGAAACAGAUUGACCGUGUGAAAAAGAGGACAGGACUCUUGCACAUUAAUUGUUGUGUAGGAGAGGGAAUUUCAGUAGGCAUAGCUGGAGGAGAUAGGGCCAGUGAGUGUGUCAGUAUAUUUGAGAAUUGUUUUCUGUUUUGGUUUGUGGACUGGAAUCCACCUUUACUAUCCAUGGUAGAUAAAGACAGUUUGGGAAGCAGAUUGUGCAGUUGAGGUAUGGUUACCAGACGUCUCUGUUUCCCGGGGACAGUCCCCGGAUUUGCAAAUCUGUCCCAGGAUUUAUAUUUUAAGUGUUGUAGAUUUAUUAGUAGGGAAUGAAUGUUGCGUGAUUGGUUCAACGGCACAAGACACAUCAUACGGGGACUUCCGGCGAGGCAAAAUGGCAAAACGGCAGCGAGCAGCUCCUGAAGCCAGCCAGAGCCAACUGUGCUACCAGGCUGGCUCCAGGCUGCUGAGACUGCCGCUGCCACUGCUGAGGGGGAACCAGGGAUGCCCGGUGCAUCAACUGGGGGAACCGCUGACCCCCGGCCCACCGCGACCCAAAUCAAGCUGGGAGCAAAAGCGUCUGGCCACCCGACUGACUGCCCAGUGGUGCUCCGGGGCCAGGAAAACCCCAGAGCCAACGCAGGGAGAAGUUGGAGAGGAGGAGGAGAAUCAUAGAAUCAUAGAAUCAUAGAAUCAUAGAAUCAUAGAAUCAUAGAGUUGGAAGAGACCACAAGGGCCAUCGAGUCCAACCCCCUGCCAAGCAGGAAACACUGCUUGGAAGGAAGAGAGAGAGAGAGGAAGGAGAAAAAAGGGAAGCCCCAACCUUGCUGUACCACUGCCACUGCUGAGGAGGAGAAGUAGGAGAGCACUGGGAGUUCAAGGACAUGUGGCCGAGCCAAGGCCCGACCUGAGCCUAUACUCCACGGUGGCUAGCGCCACUGGCGGACGAAGAGGAGUGCAGGGGAGCGCACCGCCCCCCGGCAGCGCGAUCCUGGCAGGGUGCCAUCACGGCUGCCCCCCACCUCUACCUGCUCCGCCACUGGCUGGUGCUCCAAGAGAGCAGGCCAAGGCCCAGGGGAAGGCUGCGCGACAGAGGAGACCACAGAAGAGAAGAUAUUACUUCUUUUUUAAGUAACUUUUUUUAAAAUUAUUUUUUUUUCUCUCUCUUUUAAAAAAAAAGCGUCCCCGGAUUCUUUGAAAAAAAUCUGGUAACCUUAAGUUAAGGUGAAGUGAUACAGUUAUGGUAAAGCGAUCUGUUUUAGAUAGUAAAGGGUGAUGAGGGUGAUAGAUGACAGCAGACAUUAGUGUCUGAAUGGCGCUGCAAGAUGUAUUAGAAGUGUUAGCCCUAGCAGGGGAGGUGGAUCCAUUUGAUCCCUUUUUCGGCCAGUGACAUAUCUUGGCCUCACUGCAAAGCAGGUCCUUCCAGGAGCAAAAUGUUGAAGAGCAGGGGUACUUUCCACAUUCUUCCCCCUUUCACAUUUGAACUCGUCUGAUAAUAACAAGAGAAGCAACAUUAAAGCAUGGUAAGGAGUUGUUCGACCGAAGCAUCUGUUCAUGAAGACGUAUCCUUGGUGACAAACAUUCUGCAGCUGAGAAAGCAGGAGAGUGCAGAACGAGGUUUAUGAAGGAGUGUUAGAGCUCCAAGCAGGACAUGCAGCAAUGCAUGAGAACUAGCCCAAUGCUCAUAAUGGUUGGCUGGAUGAAGGAGGCUAGAAGGUUCCACACAGCAGGAGCAAGAAAAAAUGAUUGUAAUUUUCAGCACAAAUCUUAGUGUUAUCCUAUCGGAAAUGGCCUCCAUUUAUGCCCUUUUAAGGAACUGAUUAUUUUGAUAAAUACGAAGCAGCUUGAUUUAAAGAAAACCACAUAGUCUGAGAAAGAUGCCUAACAACACCGAAAACAUGUUCACUGUCUAAAUUGACCAGAAUCUCCUUCCUGUCCCCCUGAAACUAUGCAUACUUUGACUUGUACAGUCUCUCCCUCUGUAGAGUAAAGCUGAGAACACUAGCAGUUCCCCUUGGCAAUUAAUGAGAAUACUUUUUUUAAAAAAAGCCUUUCUGUGCUUCACUACAAUUGGAACUAAAUUUGAACAGUAGAAAAUUAAGAAAGAAAAUUGCCUUCAAAACUUUUAUUUAUGUUAAAGAUGUGAAGCACGUUAAUUAUGAAAUACAUUAUACAACCCAAUGCGUGUUUACUUAGGACGGUGCAGUCCUAAGCCCUGGGCUGAUAGGGAUUGAGGGUAGGGUGGUACAUAUUUUGUUCAUCACCAGUCUCCACUGACAGAGCAGAGCAUCACUAGUAUAUGUGGAGUGAAGUGGGGAUGUAAAUCAUGACAUACAUACAACCAUACAUGCAGUGAAGCCUAUCAAUCCUUUUUCAGAAGAUCCCUUUCUCUUUCCUAUUUUAGGUCCAGGGGAAGUUGACCUUAAUCUCACUGUGGACCUUGGAGAUAUUGCUGAUAAUGAAUUUGACUUUGGAGACCAGGUAAUGGAUUUUAUCAGUUAAAAGCUUUCUCUCAUUCAUUUAGGUCUCAUUCUUUUAGGUCACUUGCUUUAGCUUCCGUUUUUCUCUUAGGUUGUGUUCACACCCCCAUUUACUCUGCACCCAGCGUGCUCACAACACUGGUUUCCAAAGUGGUGCACGCAGGACAUUAACCACAAUCCACCUCUGUUGUCCUUUAGUUUCUUACAAAAUACUGCAUUUUGAUUCAUUUUCUCCCAAACCAGCAUCAAUCCAAAUUGAGAAGAAGAAUGGGCCUUACCUGUGUUUUAAUCAGGUAAUGUGUACACAGCCUUAGCCUCCUUGUACACUAAAGGAUAGACUUCUGUGAUAUAGAGGGUUAAAUUAUUCAUGUGACUACUUAAAUUAUUUCAUUGUUCAACAUACUGUUACAGAUUUUUUUAAAAAAAUGUGAUAUUUCUUAAAUAUAGGGGUGAAGGCAGACAUAUUCUACAAAUGAUGGAAAUAGUUGUGUAAGCCACUUUUAAUGUUGUUUUAUGUGUACAACAUAAUAGAUGCAGCAUUCAAAGCACUUCCACCACAUUUCAGAAUGUAUGUCAUUCUUCAUCACAAGCAUAUUGUUAUUGUUCUGAGCAAACCUAAUGCUUCUCAGUACUGUGUUCCUAUGUUCUUUGUAUUCUUUUCUUUUACAGACUCCCCUCAGUUCCAAACAAAUUUCCCCUUUCAUGUUGCGCAAUUUGUUCUGGUUUCUGAGGGGAAAUACUGUCAGUUUUUAUAGGCCAGUGAAUUUCCAGAACACAAGGUUCACUUUCAAUUCUUCCGCACAGCGAUUGCAUUAAGGCUACAGUCCUAUACACACUUACCUGGGAAUGAGCUCCACUGAUAGCAGUGGCACUUACCUCUGGGUAGACAUGCCCAGGAUUACAUUAUUUUAGUCUAUAGCAUCAUCCCUCUAUUUCCCAACUUCACCAGGAGGAUGCUCUUGCUUAUGUAGCCAACAUUAUAUGAUCCAAACACAAAAGGGAGGUAUCAGUAGGCUUGGGGGGAUAUUGUAGAAGAACAGAAAGAAAUACUGGGGCGGUGCAAACCCCUUGAAAAACAGCCCCAUUAUUGCUUUUCUUUUUCUGUUGUUUUCCUGGAGUUUGCCAAGGUACAUUGUUAACAGAAGGAUGUGCAACUGUGUGUUUAGAUGUACAAGGGAUUUAGAUGUGCAAGGGAUCCACUUAAGAACGUUACACCAUAAACAGUGAUCUGUUUUUCAAACUGCCUUCAGCUGUGUGAAAAUACUGGUUGUCCAAGGAACCCUUGCCUUUCUAAGGAAUUGCUGAAUGCAUUAGGUCAAAGAGUGAAAAGUAGGGUUGCGAUAUUCCCAAAAGUGAAAAACUGGAUGGAGUUAUUGAGCUUUCUUUGGGGGGGGGGUUGUCAGAGGUGUGUUUUUUUUGUUCGUUUUUUGUCAAAGUUGUUUAGCUUUUGGGGGGCUUUUCUUUCAUUUUAAAAAAAUUAAAAAUUAAAAGAUAAAAAUUGCCCAAUUUGCCAUACAUCUGAGUUUUCACGUACAUUUUGCUGAUUCAGCAAAAAUCCGCCCAGACAACAUAUUUCUGAGCAAUUCCCAGACGUAUGGCAGACCUAAUGAAAAGUGGAGUAAGAAUUCGUAACAUAUGGUUGGCUCCAGAGCUUUCGUAAGUAGGACUCUGCUCAUAGGACCCUUGUGGAAGGCAGGAGGGGCUGUUUUUGCCUUUCCUCCUACAGCUCACUGUGACCCCUGAAAAGGCCUACACUGGAACAGAGUGGGAGGUGGCAAGUGUGAGCUCCUUUGGGAAGAAAAUGAGGGCUUCGGGAAGAAGGGGAAACUGGCAGAAGUUGUGGCCUCUUCUCAUUCUCCAUCCAGCAGGAUCUUCCACUGGAUCUUUAGCCCUUCUGUUUGAGGAAGGAAGACCUCUGUUUUCAGAACGUCAAAUCUGGAUGCAACCUGAUGAAAUUAUCUGGGAAAGUAAAUGGGAACCAGAAGGCAGUGUAGAAUUUUUCUAGUCGUCCGCCAGCGACUUCACAUAAAAUCGAAACAUGUUGCUAAGGCUGCAGACAGUAACUUUAGUUUCAAACACUGGAAGUUCAAAAUAAGUGGGCAAGAACAUGAAAUUACUAGAGCUAUGCUCAGUUACCAGCUUCGCAGAAUAAAGAACUUUACUAAAAGGGGCAAAACCUAGCUUUUGUGGUCAAAGUCUUUAUUAGUAUUCAGCUUUAUACCCUGAGCCUUGCCUUACCUUCCAUUAGAAAAAAUCUCUACUCAUCAGUGGCGAAGAUGUAAAUAUAUUUGGGGUACAUCUCUUAGAAGUGGGUGUACAAUUCUGAACCUUACAAGUCUAUCAUUGUUUUAUUUAUUUAUUCAUUUUAUGUGUUACAUUUAUAUACCACCUUUAUCUUCCAAGGAUCUCAAGGUGGUGCACACAGUUCUCCUCCUUCCCAUCUCAUCCUCACAACAACCGUGUGAGGUGAGUUGGGCUAAGAGAUGGUGGCUAGCCCAAGGACACCCAGUGAGCUUCAUGGCUGAGUGGGGAUUCGAACCCUGCUCUCCCAGUCCAACACUGACUUCAUUAUCCUUAGGGUAUGAAUAGAUUCUGUUUAUUUUGCUGUGUGAAGCAUUUUUGAGCUAUAUUGAAUGAUACAGGUCACUCUAUGAGGUAUAGCUUUAGUAUACGGACCCAGACUUGCCCUUUAACGAAUUGGAGAACUUCAUUCAUUUUACUCCCUGAACUGCUUUGUCCCCCAUGUUUCCUUUAUAUCAGGUAUGGGGAAACUGCAGCCUUCCAGAUGCUAGUGGAAUCCCACUCCCAUCAUUCCUCACUAUUGGCGAUGUAGAGUCUGAUACAAUCUGAAGGAUCACAGGCUCCCUAUCCUUGGUUCAUAUGGUUUAAGAAGCAGCUGGGGAAGGGAGUGAGUUUUAGCAGAGAAGAUCCAGAGGGGAAAUUGUUAAUAAAACAAUUCCCCCACUUAGCAUGCGUCUCCUGAGGCAGUUUUUCCUCAGCGUAUGCUUUCUGUAAAAGAAAAAUUAAAAAAUAUCAGUGUCAAAUGUUAUUUGGGCCACAGUUAUUGUGUUCUACUGAAGUUUUAAAAUACAUGGACAAAUGUCUCCUUAUCAUGGUAAUAAUUCUUAUAGCCAUUUUUGUUCAGGGCUUGACUGCACUAUUUCAAAAGGGUGCCAUGGUGAGAGCUCAUGGUGGGUGUUGUUAAGGGGUUAGCAAUCAAACAAUAAUUGCAGUCACCACUGGUGGUGUUAGUCCAAGAGAGACUUACUUUUCAAAUAGAAAUUGGCAGAGUAGGAAGUCAUGAGGCUUUGAUUAAUUUUGUCAGUUACAAGAUCUUAUCUUUUACUAGAUGAAAUGAACCUGAUGCAGAUAGUUUUAUUUGACUGUCGGCCCUACACAGAGCAGCAAAUUAUGGUUGGCAGUAAUGAGAUCUCACUGUCUACAUGGAGAAGCACAGGCAUGAGCAAUCAGAAGUAUUUACUGCAAUUUUAAGAAGCUGAUUAAACAAUUCUUGAACUUAGCUAGAAUAGCCAAGAGGGCAACCACUUUCGUUGUUUUAGAUUCCUAAUGCAUGUAUUUUGAGUAUACAUUUUUCUUGCAUGCUUCCAUACAUGACUUGCAUUUUGCCCAGGCAAAGAGGAAGAAUACUUCCUCAUCCAGAAUGUUCGGUUUAGAGUAUGAUGCCAUGAAACAUUGUCAUACAAUCCCUUCCAUCCACUGAAAGAGGCGUGUGAUGAUGACCGCAGGGGCAAGUCCUGCUUCGCCAGUGCAUGCCACUGUCAUGCUCCUUUGAUGUACAUGUGCCAGAAGGAAUUAUACUUGCAUGGCAAUGUAUAUGUGCAGAGCUCCUCCACAUGUGGACAGACUGUGGCCCAAUUUGGGCCCCUCUUUGCAUAAAGGUGUUCUGCACAUCAGUAUGUACGUAUAACACCUGAUGUAGCUUGAACACAUGGACUUUGCAGGAGAAUGGCAGGCGGUAGGUUAGCAUCACACCGUUAUAAUUAGAAUACCACCUGUUUACAGCCUCUGUCUGAAUGAAACCUACUUGCGGCCUUUAUCUGAGCAAUACUAAAACCCUUUCCCACGCUAACAGCAAAUAAAAGUGUCCUAUCUUCAAAGUUUGCUGUCGUUGCCUGAGAAUAUUGUGACUGUAACAGAAACUGAAUGCUCCACUGAUUUUCUCAUUACCCAGGGCCAUCUUCAACCUGUGAAUUGUCCCAAGCACUUUUCUGCUAAGAAUAUCAAAUAAGGAGAAGAUGCGUAUCUAGGUAUCAGUGUGUCAUAUGUAGCUGAGAGUAGAUAAAGCACCUGUCAGAGAGAUCGGGCCAAGAGGGUUAGGUUUCCAAGCAACCAUGUGCAGCAAAGGAGCUGAAAGCUAGCAGAUAUUAUCAGAACACUUUGACAGCCAACGGAAGCUAAAGGCAUCCAUAUGUUAAGCACGUGAUGCUUCUAAAAUAUCAGCAAUAGCAAAGCAGCGAUUCUUAAACUGUAUGGUACAGUACUACUUCUAGUUACUGACAGGUUUAGCUCAUUUUCUUAUGUAAUGGCCAUCAUCUUGCUCCUUCAGAGGUUUUGAAAUUUAAAAUGCAUCCAGAAAAUGUGCAGCUUUUAAAGUGGGCUUUGAAGCAGCCUCUUAAGGAAAGAGGUCAACACAUUUUUGUUUGGCUUGCUAGGCAGACAUUAUUUGUUGUCACUUGUCAGUCAUGGUGCUAUCAAAAUGUGUGAUGUGAAGGGCAAGAAUUUAGGAGCUGUUCUGGGUAGAAGAUUGACAUUACUGCACAGAGUAAGAUAAGAGGAGAAGAAGAAGAAGAAGAAGAAGAAGAAGAAGAAGAAGAAGAAGAAGAAGAAGAAGAAGAAGAAGAAGAAGUGGAAGAAGGAACAAUAAAAAAUAGUACCCAUGUACUUGCGAUGUGCUAUUUUUUCUUAAGGACUGAAGAUGCUUCUCUCGGUUGCUGAACUUUAAUGAUCAGUAGUCAGCUGUUAAGUUAGAAGAAUAUUAGCCUUAAAUUUUAAACAUUCAUAAAAAUGUUUCAAGAGCCUUAUCCAAUUUGCUAUCCUCCAGAUGUUUUGCAAUACAGUGCAAAGCGGUAUAUAAUCAAGUGGUAAUAAUUUUUAUGAAAUAAAUAAAUAAAUAAGCCCCAGGCAACAUUGCCAACACUCAGUUAUGAUGGGAAUUGUAGUCUAAAACAUCUAGCUAAUACCUGAUUGGGGUUGGCAGGCCUAAGUUGCUUUACUCAGCAAAUGGAAACAUUGACCAGGCAAACACAUCGGAGACUACUUGGGCUGAAGAUCUUUGCAAAGAAAAUAGUUCAGAAGAUAAUUCAGUUCCUGUUUCUGCCCUGGAGGUAACAAGAUUGGCAAGCGGUGCAUAAGAUGUUUUGAAAGAUGAAAUCCAAAUAUCUGAAUACUUGGAAUGACCCCUAUGCUGACCUAGCAUAGGAAUAAGAAAUUGGACACUUGCAGCCUGAUCCUGAUCCUGUGUUGGUGGAAACAUGUCUCAGUGAGUUAAAUGGGACUUACUAGUAGUUCUUAGUAAUCCUACCUAGGAUUGCAUCCCUAGGACCAAACUAGAUGUUGAAUACAGCCACAUAGCAUUAUUCCCAGCAGUCCUCAUACCUACAGUCUAACUUGGCUAAACUGGCUUUAAAGGGCCUGGUGUCUGUGAAGAGUCAGCUGAAGGAUUCCAGCUGAGCAGUCAGCUUGGUGCAACCAUGCAGCCUAGAUUGCAUCCUUUUCCUAAAGCAGCAGUUCUCAAACUUUGUUUUUCCUCAUACCAUUUGAAAAUUGUUGGAGGUCUUGGAAGAACUUUUUUAAAAAAAAUCAAAGCAGAUACAUUAUCCAUAUUUCCAUUAAAAAAAAAAAUAUUCAGAGUUGGGAACAUCAGCCAGACUAGUGCUGCAUUAUGAAAACAAUGGGCCCUAGGUUAGGGUCUUGUCAGCCCGUUCAGUAGUCUAACUGUGGAAGGAGGAGGAGGAGGAGGAGGAGGAGGAGGAGAAACAGCUUUGAUCAGAAAAGAAAUAAAGUAUGCUGAGUGCAGGGCCAUGUACAGAUAUUCUUGGGUGUUCUGCACGCUUUUUGGAGACCUUUUUGCAGCUAAAAGGCCCUUAGCACAUACAAGUACUUUCUUGUGUAAACUGGGGCACAUUUCCUCCCAGAACAUAGCGCAUUAGUGUGCAUUGAAGGCCAUUCCAAGUUUCAAGAGAAGCUUGUGGAGCAGCAUGGAGAAUUCUUUCAGGAAGUUUCUCUGUGUACAUGUACUUAAUGGCGGUAUCUUAGAUUAUAGACAUCAUAAGCAACUUCUAACCCCUGCCAUGUACUCUCUAUAUAGCAUACAGUAUAGCUCUCUAGUUUUCACAACCUCAUUGUUUAUUUUCACAACAGCCGUUAUCUAACCAGAAUGCAGACCACAUUUUGACUAGAAAAUAAAAACCUCAGGGGACACUUAUUAAUGACAGCCAAGACAAAAUACCUUUAUAAAUAUAUUAUAAGGCACUUUAAAAAAACAAAACAGACCCUGUCCUGGAAUACUAAAAUAUGGUACAAGAUCUAUUAAAGUGCAUAAACAAUCUGUUCGUCUUAAGUUACCAUGGGAACUGGCAAGACAAAAAAAGAGAAUUCUGUAUGCAAAGAACUAUAGUUUGCCUUGGAGAAAUUUUGCUUUUAAUUUUACUUAGGCAUCAUAGUUUGGUGGGUUUAAUAUUUUGGGAGUGAAAUAUACUCAGAGUCGCAAAGUGAUUUCAUGCUCUUUAUUCAGCUCAUAGUGGUGAGGAGGAAUGAAUGAAAGUCCCCUCAAAGUAUCUGCUUUAUAUACAUUAUUUACACAAUGGGCUGCACAUGAUUGGCUAAUUCUGGAAUUCUACUGUAAGCCAAUCAGGUUAUGGAUUCACUUAUAUCUGGAGCAUGAUUGGGUGGUUCCUGCCAACCAAUCAUACUGCUGCAUUGUUCUAGGACCAAUCAGACUGCUGCAUUCUGAAUCCUAUUGUUCUAGGACCAUUCAGACUGCUGCAAUUUGGAUCCUAUUGUUCUAGGACCAAUCAGACUGCUGCAGUUUGGAUCCUAUUCAACUCAGUACAUAACAGGGAGGAUGCCUUUCCUGCAUUUGCAUUUUUGUUUUUGCUCUUAUUAUUAUUAUUUAUUCAUUUCUAUACCGCUUUAUAAUGCUCUUAGGGCAUUAUAAAAUGGGGUGUUUGUGGUGGGGUAUCUGCUGUUCAAUAAUGACAUUUUCCAUUUGAGAGUUUGUUAUCAAAUAAAGCAUCAUGUGGAAUGAGAUCUGUGCUUGAAAUUUAGAAUGAGAGAGUACAUACCAAAAUAAGUUUUUUUAGUGCUGUUUGAGGUGAUAUCUUUAUAGCAUUGUUAACAUUUACCACCACUUAGUGCCCUUCCUAUAUGGUUGACUCCUGCACUUCAUUGGUGCAGUAAUGAAUUGAUAUUCUGAUCCUGACACAUAGUUAGUUCCCACAUCAUCACCUCCCUCUGCAAGAGAGCUACUUACACAUGGCAUGAGUUGCACACACAUGACCCAGGCAAUCCAGCAUGAUAACAUACAAAGUUACUGGUGUGAUGUAGGCUCUGCACACAGGACACAUUUAAAGCACAGUUGAAGCACUUUCCCCCUACAAAGAAUUCUGGGUACUGUUGUUUACCUCUCACAGAGUUAUAAUUUCUUGAAACUUAGCAAACCACAGUCCUCAUAAUUCUUUCAAGGGUGGAAAUGUGCUUUAAAGGUACAGUAUGUAUGCAGCUAUGAAGGAGCAACUUGAACUACCUUUAUGUCAUGGUUUCUGUGGCAAAGCUGUUACUCCAUAUGACUCAGUGUCUGAAUUAGGUCUAAAACAGAGGUUAGGGAUCUUGAAGAGGAAUAGCAGGAAUCAAACAGUGAUAGGGCAGAGAGCCAGGGGAAUAACAGAGAAAGGGUAACAGAGAAUGAGAAGCAGUCAGUGGGCUAUGCUGGUGGUUGGUUGGUUGUUGAUGUGCCCAUUUCUACAGGAUCUUCUGCUUUUGAAAAAUCCUUUUAUCUUAUUUUUAUUUUAUUUUGAGCAUGCAAAUGAAAACCACUUUUCUUCUAUCAUGGAACUCAAGGCAGCUCUAAUGGUUUCCCAUCCAGACAGUGACUAGACCUAGGCCUUCAUAGUUGUGGUGCCUGUAUCAGGACCGUCAUCCUAUGGUCAAAUAAAAUGUAUUCAGAUGGCAAGAUGAAACUAUUGUUUUAAUCCAAAGUUAUCUGUAGAAUUAGAGGUGGUUGUUAGGUAUUUAACACAUAUUUUUUGUAUCCUUCAAAUGACACAAUUACUGAGCUCAGAAGCAUAAUAAAAUCUCUGCCUGAGGCAGACCUCCAGCUAUUUCUAGAACUACUAGCAACUAAAUUCAAGCAGCUUUGCACUGUUUUGAAGUCAAAUGCCCAUGAACCUAUGGUCAGAUUUGCUCUCAUUGUAACAAAAACACAUAGCAAUGGGAUACUAAAUACAGAUCUGUAAACAGCAGACUAAAAGUAAUGGAUGAGUUGAAUGAUAGAGAAAGGAAGCUAUAAAACAGAGAGGUGAUGCCUGAGAAGGCUAGGUUCAGAGAGAAGCCAUUCUGUAUUUUAUUCUUUUCCAACUUAAUAAUGGAGGGAAGCCUUGGCUGCCUGAAAAAUAGAUUGGCAAGGACUGACCUCAUUGCCUGCUCUCAUGAACCUUCAUACCUAAAUUUGAAAGGUGUAUGCAAAAGUGAAAGUUAGAAUAAUGGACAUUUAUUUGCUAAUGCUUAAAACCUCUGUUCAAAACAGAUCCAUACAAGUUUUCUGCAAACAUUGCAUUUGUUUUGUGAAUUUAGUUAUGAGGCACACAAAUCACCACUAUUGACCCCUUGGAGUCCCUUCCAAUUCUACAAUUCUAUGAAACCAGCUACAACGUCUGAGUGGUUGUAUUUCAUCUCACCGCAACAUUUAUGAUUUGCUCUCAGUGUCUGGUUACAAUAAAAGGCAACUCAAAUUUCAUGCGGCAGUUUUAAAAGGGCAGCACUAUAAGGUAUUUUUUGUUUGUAAAAGAAAUGGGCUGGUUUAUGGCCAAAAUAAAAAUAUAUUACUGAAGCUUAAAAUUUAUUUUGUUAUUAGCAUGCCAAAAGUUCUUCUGCCAUCCUCAUCAUCAGCAUAGCUGCCAAGACAGAAUCAUAUCUAUGCUGCUAUUGAAAUUGCACAGUUUACUAUAUACCUUUUAAAAAAAACAAGGUCAGCUAAAGCUCUUUCUUCACACUUAAUUUUUAAUUUCUCUCCCUCUUUCUCUUUCCUUCCCUCAAGUGUAAGCCUGAGGACAAGGCCUGUGUCCUUUUAUUUUAUGUACCUUCUUUGUUUUUGUACCUGCUUUAUAAUAAUAGAAAUAAUAAAAUUACUAGUAAAUCAAGGCUAGCAGUAAGUAUAGACAGAACUAUUCUUUCAUGGACGCAGUGCUUCAACUGUCGGAAGAGAAAGUGCUCUGAUUUUAUGCUAUUUUCAAUAGCAUAUUAUCUAUUAGUCACAUUAAGGAACAAUCAUCAAGUUUUUUUAUAAGCAAUUAGAAAGAGAGCUUGCAUGAGAAUGGUGAGAGCAUGAUACGCUAAUUGCCCUUGCUUGUGUGAUUUAUACAGAGUUAUAUUUCUUUCACAGCUUUCCUGUUCAAAAUUAGAAUCAUUGGUAGUACCAGGUUUUUAUGUCUACCUUCAAAAGAAAAACCUCUACGGUCACAACAUUAGGGGGAAACUAUGGGCCAUGUUCAACUUAAUCUUUGUACUAGAGGAAACCAAUGCAAUGAUGCCUUCUAUCUCCUUGGGCUGCAUGCCUCCUGUGUCCUCCCCAGAUCUGCUCCUGGCUGUCAGGAGAAACCCCCUUACCCAAACAGCAGAUGUGGUGGGGGGGAAUAGAGGGAAGCUUGCACUGAUUGAGCAAUCUCCUUAGCACUUUGUUGAAUACAUCCCUAUGCAUUCCACUUAAAAAAUACAAAGUUCAUAAAAAAUACAAACACAACUGAACAGAUACAAUUAUCAUAUUGAAAACUAUACACAUUAAGACUUGGAGAGCACCAUAGUCACCCUUAUUUUAAUGUCAGCCCCUAGAAAUUUUGCAGGCUGCAUUGGUAGUGCCUGAUUGUUUUGGUCUGCAAGGAGAAGUCAGAUGUUUGUUUUGGAUGAGCUGAUAAUAAUGAUGUUAGCUAUUUUAUGCAUGUGGUUCCAUAUCCAAGUAGCUCUUUUAGCAAAAGAGCAGUGCAUGAAGCAGUGUUUCAGUAUUUCCACCUGCCCACAAACAAACACAAUUUUGGAAUGGAAUUCUCUUAAAAUGCUGAAGGCAGUACACUCAAUCGUCUGUAUUUUAGAAUGGUUAGAUUUUGUGGAUUCAGGAUCAUUGUAUCAGGAAGACUAGGUCAGAAUCUACCAUACCAGGGACCUAGGUUUCUUAGAGCAGACAAAUUGUUUACUAUCAAAUAGGUGCAGCCUCAAUGGAUUCCUUGUAAAUCAAUUAUAACUUAGGGAAACUAGACAAAAGGGGAUAAAUUCAACUGAAGCCAAUACUUAAAUAUUCUGACGUAUUUGAGCUUGUGUGAAAAUAGAGAGAUAACCAGUUUCUGCUAAAAAUCAGCUUUUGAAACACAUCCUGGUAUGGGGAAAAAAGGUCUAAAGUAUUUAAGAAUCUAGGUUCAAGCACUGCAGGUAUAACAUUUUAACCUUUUGUUCAGAAAAAUACAUUAAAAUUGUGAUAUUCUGCGUAGCUUUUUUUACCACAUAUUCCUGUUGAGCUAACCAUGCUCGAUAUGAUUGAAAAACUAUGCAAAAGUAUUUGAAGACACUAGGUGGUAUAAGACAAAACCAUAUUCAGAAACAACACUUUGGUAUUAAUGAACUUAGUUGUUUAGUCGUUUAGUCAUGUCCGACUCUUCGUGACCCCAUGGACCAGAGCACGCCAGUCACAACUAACCUAAGUCCAUUGACUUCAGGGGGUCUGCUCUGCAUAUAACCUAGCCACAUGCCACCCUCUGACUUGUUUAAUUACCUUUGCCACCCAAUUCUGUUUUAUUUGAGAGGCGGGGAGUGACAUAUAGAGAACUUUGAGUUUUACAGUGCUUCACCUCAAGGUUUGUUUUUGACAGUAUUCAGAAAUGGUGCCAACAAUUUUCCAGGGCCUGCUUUUAUCUGGGACUGAACACCAUCAUCUGUGUACAGUACAGCAGAAACAUUUUUUGUGACUUACUUGGGCACAUAAUUACAGGAGAUGAUAAAAAUUCAACAGUGCUGUUGACAUACAGAUUGAACAGGAUAGGUGCUUGUGCAACCUUGAUGAAACCCUUUUGAGGGUGGCAGAGAAGCUAUAAGAUACCUCUCUGACGUACUUUAUACCUUCAGCCAGAUAUUAUUAUAUUAAAAAAUAAUUAUAAGAUGAGUAUUUUACCUAACAACAGCAGAGUCCUAUCUCAGCUUUCAUAGUUCAUAUAUAGAAUUUAUUUUUAACCGUUCAGUUUAAAUCAGUUUCUUUGAUUCAAGAAAUCUCUGGGCAGUCCUUUGUGGUUUUGCCAGAUUAAUUGCUUCCACACAGAAAUUGUCAAGAGAAGAGCAUCACAAGAUAGCCUGGCCCUUAGUUCUUAGAGGGCCAGAGGGGGAGGUCAGUCCGUGAACUCCAGUUGAUAAUGUUCAAAUUGGUUGAUACAUUUUUAAAGAAUAGUGCUGCUUUCAACUUCAUAAUACGGGCAUUGCUGCUCCAUGCAGCAUGGUUGACCUAGAAACAUCCUUUUUUGCACUUUUUUUGUGGGAUGCUAAUCAUUAUGCACACUGACUGCCUCAAUGCCACUCAACUGCACUGUAAUAGACAUGCUGGAAUUUCUGACACGACACACAUUGCAGUCAUGCUCUGCAGCAAUAAAGAAGUAUACUCAGCAGAAGUUCAUUUGAAGGUGCUGUCUCAAAAAGCAAAUAUAGGACAGUGGAGUGGGAUUAGCAUUGUGGCCAAUAUAUUAAAAGGGUCUUUACUAUUGAUAAGAAUAGAUAACAGAUGCUGAUGCAUGAAGAUGUAAACCAUAAAUAACAUUUUCCAAUAUGUUAAUUGACAGGCAUUUGACCAGUCAUGCCUUUCUGGACCUGAGAAUAUGGGAGGUGAGUUUUACCAGCUAUCCUCUAGACUACUGUAAUAAAUGUUGGCAGAAUGUUCCCCGUGUCUGUAAGCCACAAUUCAUGAGAAAUUUAGGCUACAUUGGAAGAUUGCACACUGCAGCUUCCACACUUCAGCAUUGUAUUGUGGAAAUUGGAUGACUGUGGUUUUUGCGGGGGUUUUUAAGAUACUGUAUAUGUUUUAAUGUAUUAAUCCAUUGAUUGUUGUUGUAUUAUCAGACAAUAUCACCCUGAGUUUCCUCAGGAGCAAGGGCAGUAUAUAAAUAUAAUUUAAAAAAUUGAGACAAUAUAAUAUGAGCACAUGCAUAGCAACCUGUAGAGCACACUGUUACAUCAGAAUGCUCCAGCAUUAAUAUUGUAAAGGUCAGACUUGUGGGUGUCAGGAUAUGCACCUGUUAAUGCCCAGUGGGACUUCCUAAUUUGGCUAAAGAAAUUAAGGGUAAGUUCUUGGUUCCAUUCGAGCCUUCAAGGCUGGUUAUGUUAUAGUAAGUCCCUCUUCAUGUAUGCAUAGGGUUAAGGUUUCUUCUAAACAGCUGUGCUUGUGCCUUUGCUUGGGUAAAGAAUGAGCUGCUGUUCAAGAAAAGAAAAGGCUGUUGUGUAUAGAUCUCUUUCGAUGCACUUGUCUGGAAUGCAGCUAGUGACCAGUGAAGUCUGGAUGUCAGACUGAACUUAAACCAAAAGUACCCCCCCCAACAUACACAUACACACACAUACACGAAUGUGACGAAAUGAAUAUGAACUCUGACAAAUGUAAACAAAGCUUUUUUUAAAGGGAGGCACACACUACAAUCUAUUCUUAACUCAAGAACACUUUAUUCAUAGAUGGUCAUUUUUCAGUUUAAUAUUUUGUGCACACACAAAAGAGCUGUGAGUGUUCUCAUGCAUUAAAUAUAUAUUUUAUCACAGCUACAGUAACAGCUAUAAAACUAUGACUGUGAACUGUUCCUUCAAUAAACGAAAUUUCUAGUUAGAAAUUCAAGCUUGGUGUUUUUUGUUUAAAUUUUUUUUUUUUUAGCUGCAUUUGUAUAUUCACUUGUCUGUGAAUAGUUCCCAUUCAAUUCAGUGUUUCUGAGUAAGCAUAAUCUUAUUAUAAAGUGUGAUAAACAUAUUGUUAAGUGUGUUAUAAUUAUACACAAUUUUAUACGUAGCGACACUUAUUGCUAGAAGUCUUUUCCAUUCUUUUCCACUUUAUUUAGGUUUUAUGGAAGACCUGAAGAAAUCAAAAAUAAUUUUUGUAAUAGGUAAGUAGGAACUUCAUACACCACUCUCCCAUAGGCAGCUACCAUUUCUGUAUACAAAUGCCCACCACCACGUUAAAAAUUCUUCUGGCAGCUACCACGAAAUUAUAGGUCUACAGCUAGCUUAGAUAACUAGGCAUUUCCAAAUGCUGAACUGUUUAGUGGUUGUAGCCCUCACCCUCUCCUAUCUGGGGGCAAUACUUACAUCAUACUGGAGAUGGAUGAAACAAACUGCAUCUGUUGGGGAAUCGUGUACAUAAUUUCUGAAAGGGGACCAUUAAUUACAUCCUAAGGCACAUGGCUGAAACUUGUGUCAUAACAAUUUCCAGUGCUUUUUCUAGAAAAAGAGAUGCUGGAACUCACCACGAACUCCUCCAUUGUUCUCUUAUAAUGGCAGUGGCAUCCACCUGAGAGGUGCCGGAACUAAGUUCUGGCUGGGGAAAAAAUCCUGGCAAUUUUCAUUGUACUACAUUUGUGGGAGAUGAUGGGUGGCUUGAGGAUGAAGCAUGAAGCAUGAGAAGGAAACAGAGAGCUUGUGCGGGGGUUUUCUGGAAGUUGUAUAUAAUUACCCCCCCCCCAAAAAAAGUUUCCAUAACUGAUUUAAAAAAUGAAUGCAAUAGUAUUGCUUUCUAAAGCCAAAAGAUAAUUGUUUACUCUGAGUUUAUUGCUAAGGUGGUUGAUAAUUUCAGAGGUGAUUGUUAAUAAUGAUAAUGGAAAUUGUCAUGGCUUGCACCACCUUAAAUAGUCCGAUUUAGGAUUGGCCCCAUAUAAGACAACCAGAUUAGCUCUUUUACAAUGCAGGAAGAGGGUAUCUUGAAUUAGAACCAACCAUCUCUCUGAACUGUUUACACUGUGGGCAGCUUGACUACUCUAGGUUAAAUUUACAGGAGAAUUGUGAUCAUGUUGUGUCAUUCCAUAAAUAGAGCAUAGCUAUUUAUUUAUUUCAUAAAAUUUAUACAAUGCUUGAAUGUAAAAAAAAACAAACCCUCAAAGUGGUUAUGAAGAAAGAGUUAUUAGUAGGUAUUCAAUCAGUUCCCCCCUCCCCCCAACCAAGGCUGGCUAUACGUUAUGUUGCUUUUCAACAUUCCACAUUUUUUAAAAGACAAAAUCCAGACAGAUUGUCCGUGAAUCAUAAAAGUAAAUAUAACUUCAUAACUUUUUCUGUGUUGUUAUACAAGAGUGAGAUACUCCACAUGGUAGUUGUUUUAUAGCUAAUAGUAAUAGUAAGAGUAAUUUAUUAUUUGUACCCCGCCCAUCUGGCUGGGUUUCCCCAGCCACUCUGGGCGGCUUCAAACAAAGAUUAAAAAUACAUUAAAAUGUCACACAUUACAAACUUCCCUGAACAGGGCUGCCUUCAGAUGUCUUCUAAAUGUCAGCUAGUUGUUUAUCUCUUUGACAUUUGAUCAUAGAAUCAUAGAAUCAUAGAGUUGGAAGAGACCACAAGGGCCAUCGAGUCCAACCCCCUGCCAAGCAGGAAACACCAUCAGAGCACUCCUGACAUAUGGUUGUCAAGCCUCUGCUUAAAGACCUCCAAAGAAGGUGACUCCACCACACUCCUUGGCAGCAAAUUCCACUGUCGAACAGCUCUUACUGUCAGGAAGUUCUUCCUAAUGUUUAGGUGGAAUCUUCUUUCUUGUAGUUUGGAUCCAUUGCUCCAUGUCCGCUUCUCUGGAGCAGCAGAAAACAACCUUUCUCCCUCCUCUAUGUGACAUCCUUUUAUAUAUUUGAACAUGGCUAUCAUAUCACCCCUUAACCUCCUCUUCUCCAGGCUAAACAUGCCCAGCUCCCUUAGCCGUUCCUCAUAAGGCAUCGUUUCCAGGCCUUUGACCAUUUUGGUUGCCCUCCUCUGGACACGUUCCAGUUUGUCAGUGUCCUUCUUGAACUGUGGUGCCCAGAACUGGACACAGUACUCCAGGUGAGGUCCGACCAGAGCAGAAUACAGUGGCACUAUUACAGUGGUGCCUCGCAAGACGAAAUUAAUCCGUUCCGCGAGAGUCUUCGUCUAGCGGUUUUUUCGUCUUGUGAAGCAACCCUAUUAGCGGCUUAACGGAUUAGCGCUAUUAGCGGUUUAGCGGCUAUUAAAGGCUUAAAGGCUUAGGGGAUUAGCUGCUAAAAGGCUAUUAAAGGCUAUUAAAGGCUUAGCAGAUUAGAUAAAGGGGGGGGGAAAGCGAAAAAAAAAUCUCUAGACUCGCAAGACAUUUUCGUCUUGCGAAGCAAGCCCAUAGGGAAAUUCGUCCUGCAAAGCAACUCAAAAACGGAAAACCCUUUCGUCUAGCGGGUUUUCCGUCUUGCGAGGCAUUCGUCUUGCGGGGCACCACUGUACUUCCCUUGAUCUAGAUGCUAUACUCCUAUUGAUGCAGCCCAGAAUUGCAUUGGCUUUUUUAGCUGCCGCGUCACACUGUUGGCUCAUGUCACUGUUGGCUCAUGUCAAGUUUGUGGUCAACCAAGACUCCUAGAUCCUUUUCACAUGUACUGCUCUCAAGCCAGGUGUCCCCCAUCUUGUAUUUGUGCCUCUCAUUUUUUUUGCCCAAGUGCAAUACUUUACAUUUCUCCCUGUUAAAAUUCAUCUUGUUUGUUUUGGCCCAGUUCUCUAAUCUGUCAAGGUCAUUUUGAAGUGUGAUCCUGUCCUCUGGGGUGUUAGCCACCCCUCCCAGUUUGGUGUCAUCUGCAAAUUUGAUCAGGAUGCCCUUGAGUCCAUCAUCCAAGUCGUUGAUAAAGAUGUUGAAUAAGACUGGGCCCAAGACAGAACCCUGUGGCACCCCACUAGUCACUCUUCUCCAGGAUGAAGAGGAACCAUUGAUGAGCACCCUUUGGGUUCGGUCAGUCAGCCAGUUACAAAUCCACUGAGUGGUAGCAUAGUCAAGACCGCAUUUUACCAGCUUCUUUACAAGAAUAUCAUGAGGCACCUUGUCAAAUGCCUUGCUGAAAUCAAGGUAGGCUACAUCCACUGCGUUCCCUUCAUCUAUCAGGGUUGUAAUUCUGUCAAAAAACGAGAGCAGGUUAGUCUGACAUGACUUAUUUUUCAGAAAUCCAUGCUGACUAUUGGUGAUCACAGCAUUCCUUUCUAGGUGCUCACAGACUGUUUGCUUAAUGAUCUGCUCCAGAAUCUUCCUGGUAUUGAUGUCAGACUGACUGGGCGGUAAUUAUUUGGGUCCUCUCUUUUCCCCUUUUUGAAAAUAGGGACAACAUUUGCCCUCCUCCAGUCUGCCGGGACUUCGCCUGUUCUCCAGGAAUUCUCAAAGAUGACUGCCAGUGGUUCUGAGAUCACAUCUGCCAGUUCUUUUAAUACUCUUGGAUGCAGUUCAUCUGGCCUUGGAGACUUGAAUACAUCUAGACUAGCCAAGUAUUCUUGUAUGGGAGGGCGUUCCACAGGGCGGGAGCCACUACCCAGAAGGCCCUCCGCCUGGUUCCCUGUAGCUUAGCUUCUCGCAGUGAGGGAACUGCCAGAAGGCCCUCGGCACUGGACCUCAGUGUCUGGGCAGAACGAUGGGUGUGGAGACGCUCCUUCAGGUAUACUGGGUCAAGGCCAUUUAGGGCUUUAAAGGUCAGCACCAACACUUUGAAUUGUGCUCGGAAACGUACUGGGAGCCAAUGUAGGUCUUUCAGGACCGGUUUUAUAUGGUCUUGGCGGCCAUGAAUAGGCAAUGAACUUAGAACCAGACUCCAAAGUUUUGUUUUGCUAUAAAGAAUAGUUACUAUAUUAGUACAUUAGAUCCAGAGAAUGAGGUCCAGUUCACACAUGCAUAUGUAUCUCCUGAUUAUUCAACAUUGAAUUGUUACCUGAUGUUGGAGAUUGAUAUCAUAACUAUUUCUGUGGUGUUUGUUCUGCUUGCACACAUAUGGUAACUGUCACUGGAUGCUUUAGUCAUCACAACAGGCCUGCGACUCUGGUUGCUGUUAGAGAAAAUGUCAAGAUGGGCUUGCUUUGGUUGGAGAAAGCAUGAUUCAGAACCUAACCUGCUUCUUUCUCAAAAGGCACCAUGUGGCAUUCAUGCUAAAACUCUCAACUAUUCUUAUUUUUUUGCUCCUCACACAAUUCCACGAUGCAUCAGGCAUACAAAGUCCUAAAAAGAUGGGGAAGUUGCUAUGGCAAUUGCCAACACAUCGUAAAGGGGGUGGGAAUAUGCAUCCUUUUCUUUGGAAAACACCUGAAAUGCUGUGCUAUGCAGUAGAAGAAUGGUCCUGGCUUUGCAGCAUAUUUUGUGUCUCAGAAUGGAAUGGGGGAAAUGUUUCACUGGAACCAUGUUUGCAUUACUUGGACGAAAAUAAACACACAUCUUCAGCAAGUAACUCGAGAAAUUCCACCAAUGAAAUGUGAUUCUGUCCCCUCCCCCUGCAAACUAUGUUGCAUUUCUGCUUUAACUGAACCAGACUUAUUUCCUUCUGAGUGGACGUGCACUGUUAUUCUGUGAGCAAUUCUGGCAUGCAUCUCGUGUGACUGGCCAUUGCUUUUAAUAUCCAGAUAUUUUAAAUUGUUGUCUAGAGCACUCCAAAUUCCACCCCACCACCACUAAGCUGGCAUGGCUUUGGAGUGGCAGGGCCUUGACCACAUCUGCAGCAGCCCUGCUGUGCCCAGCAUCUGGAGUGCAAGGUGGGGGAACAGGCAGGUCACUGCACCAGCCCAGAGUUGGUGCAGUGUCAGCCCCAAUGCCAUCAUAACUCAUGAUGGCAGCAGAGCUAACCAGCAGUGGAGCAUAUAAUAGCUGUCAACCUUCCCCUUUUUUGCGGGAAAUUCCCUUAUUCUAGCGCCGUUUCCCGCUGCUUCCCGCUGCUAUCCUGGAUUGUUAGAUAUCCCGUAGACUGUCCCUGGGACAGAUGAGGCUGCUGACCCUUAUUUUCAAAUCUGAAAGUUGACAGCUAUGGAGCAUAUGCCCACGCUGCCCAGGACGGGCAUGCUCCCGAGGGGGGCAGGGCAUGGAGGGUGCCCUCCCAGGCGCAGUAUAGCCACUUGGGUGCACGGAGAUGGCAGAUAUUUGGUGUGCCACCUGCCUGCAACUCCCAAGUCUCCCUUGAGUUGUCAAAAUGAAGGGGGAAGGGGGGAUGCCACCGGCAAAGCGGCGCAACUCCCUGCCUUUCCCCAGCGGCUCGGGGUAGGCUUGGGAGUUGUGGCCAGGUGGCGCACCAAAUGUCAGCCCCCCUCAGCAAAGACACCCAGGGUGGUGCGCCCCACUGCCCCUCUUCCUCCACCCCUGGGGCUAGCUAGAUCCCAGGCUGUCUUGGCCUUGUCCCUACCCAUGGCUGGAAGAGAGACACCUCUGCUCAAUUGAACACACUGUUGCCCAGUGCAAAUAGGGUUUGGAUUGUUUUGUAAAAUAUUAAACUGCAACAGUAGCUAUUUUGGCACAUGGGCCAUUUGAAGCUACCAGAAUUCUUUGCUAUGGUGACAGGUCCUGGGAAUGCUGAUGGCAUGUGUUGCCAUAGCAACUCACCAACUUGUUUCUGUCAACCACAUUUUCAGAAUGUUCUAGAAUCGGCUUAGAAUUAAAAGUUCUGCUUUUUUGCCUCACUAGUCAAUCCUUGCUGGUCAAUUCUGGCCAUUUCUCUUUGUUCCUGGUCUUGUGCAUAGUUUCACAUAUCAUAAUGCACUGGCAAAAUUGUAGAGCCAGUGCGGUAUACUGGUUAGACAGAGUAUUAGGUUGGGAUCCCUGCACAGCUUCCUGGGGCAGUCACAGUUGAACUUCCCUUAUUAUUUAUUUAGAAAUGUUAACGUCUCCCUCUUCCACUGUUAAGCCUUUAAUGCAGCUUACUGUAUCGAAAGAACAAUAUAAAGAUAAAAAUCCCAAUGAAACUCAAGUAGAAUAGUACGAGAAAAGAAAGGAGAAAAGAUAUUUCAGGGAAUGCUUAGGCAAAUAAAGCAGUUAUAAAUUGGCAAAGCUGGUGCUGUGCAGACAGGAUACUACCACAAAAAAUCCCUGUCACCCAUUCCUCCCCAGCGUGGGCCCAAGCAGUAAAGGAAGUGGCUGUUUGAGCAAGAUAUCAGAAGCUAGUCUCAACAAAUAGCUAGGUUUAUACAAUAGAAGGUUGUCCUUCAUAAAUUCUGAUCUGAAGCCAUUUAGAGCUUUAUAGGGCAAAACCAGCAUUUUCAGUGGUUUCCAAAAAAAACCCCACAAAAAACUAGAAGGCAAUGGUUUUUUAAAAUGCACAUUUAAAUUUAAGAUAAAAGAGUUGAGCAAAUGAUUUCAUAAUGAGAUGCUACUUUAGGAAGAAGUUUUAAAACUAAACUGAUAAAUAUUCUUUCCCCCUUCCGGAUGUUAAGGGAGAGAUGGGCUAAUUAAAAGAUUUGGCAGUAAUUAACUGAAAAUGCAGUCUAGGAGCCAAAUAAAUUAGGCAGCUGUCCUGCUAUUCCAGUCUAAGAACCCAGUAUAAAACUUGAAGCUGGAAGCGCAAAUAUAAGAGAGCCAAUUAUAACAGGCACAUGUGUUUACGCACACAAAUCCAAAUGUUCAAAGCUUGUGUAUUUUUCCCUACCGUUUUUUUGUUAAAACCCGCACCAGAAAAGAGGAGUCGAUUUCCCUCCCACUUAUGCCUCUUUCCCCAAUCACCCGAGAAUGCCUGAGCAUCACAAACUGUAAGCCAAAACAGAACAAACGCCUAAAUUGGCAUCCAAGCAUGGUGGCUGUUGAGCUGCUAUCCCAAUCCCAAUCUCAGUGUGUAUGUAGGCGCAGCUUCAUUCCCAGGAAUGUAGUGCACAUAGACCACAUCUGUGCUUGGAUACAUGUGCUGUUAAUCUUGUGUCCUGGGCUGGGAAAGGAUUUGCCUUCACAGUUUAAAAAGUAUCCUACUUUAGGAGUUGGGCUCAGAAAAUACCUGCGUGCAAAAGGGCACACAUUCCCAGAAGCCAGUUCCCACUCUGCAGUCCUUUAAACUGCUGAGGUGCAAUUCCCUCUCCCAAUGUCUCAGAGAACGUUAAUCUCGGGAUGGGGCAGUAUUGACCUGUGGGAAUGUGUGCCCCCUCUGGUAGCUGCAUAUUGUUCUGUGUAAAUAUUUGCAGUGUAGUGCAAAGGCAAGAAGCAGCAGAUCCUGUCAGUUUUGAGGACCAGGGCUCCCCCCGCCCCACUUUUAUAAGCAAGAUUUCCCUACGUGGUUCAGGAGUUCUUCGCAUCUAGGGAUUACCCAUGUUUUAUGCGCUAGUUGCAUAUGCACACGCAGCAUUCGCUUUACAAAUAUGAGUGGGACCAUCUAUUACUAAAUUUAUUCCAAUAUAAUUAGAAAGUUAUUGAAACCAAAAGAGCAGAUCUUAAUAUAGGAGCUGUAAAGGACAGAAUAUAUGUCGUUUUCGCAGAAUGCUAAUAAUUCACGCGAGUCAUGAAAGGAUCUGGGGUUCUUUGAAAGCUUUUUCUGGAUGAUCAAAAGUUAUCUGUGCUUUCUUUCUUUCACUUUCUGAAAGCAUUUCCAGCGAGAAAUUAAUUGAGAUGCUGUUGAACCAAAGGGAAGAUUAGUGAAAGAAACUUUUAAAGCAGCCCACAAAAUCAUCAGAAAUAUUUUUUCUUUAAAACCUGAACUGGGUUAUCUGUCAAGACAAGCUUGCUCUUUGUUUGAGAGAACAGGCUGUUUUGAGAUGGGUUUGUUCGGAAAAUAUUUCUUUCCUUCUGCUGCUGCUUUCCUAUCUCUUAAUGAUCAGUAGCCUGAAUCAAGGAGUCAAUAGUGAUUCACUCUCAGCUGUUCCGCUUAGCAACCAUCCCAUUAUGGACCAGCCACACAAACUCAGCACCUUGCAAAGGAGGAUAUGCAUAACUCUUGUCAUUUUAUGCAUCGUGGCUUUGCCUGCUCCCAACACAGAACCCCAUAGGAAAUCAUUAUAACAGCGUGCAUAGCCUCCUAACAGAAGAUUUCUGGAGAGCGUUGGGUGAUGUUUUAGUAGCGUCAGUACAAUCCAAAGAUCUGCUCUUGGACAUUUAUUUAUUUGAUUCUUGGAAAGAUUGCAUUCCCAAUUAUAACUCCAUAACUGGGUUUAUAUGCUGGAUGCUCAGUACUUUUAAGAAAGAAAAUCUAUUAUCUUAGUUACGAAGUGCAAGGAUUAAACAGUUGUACUGCACUGAGAGCCUGUUAAUACUGCACAUGGGUUCACCGACUGCCUGUUGCUUCCUUUCUGGUACCUAAAGCACAAGGGCAUAUUAUUAGCAAAAUCAAUUUUGAUUGCUGUGCUCUGUGUAGAUGCUUUUAUUGUGAUUUUCCCUUUCUUGUGUGAAAGGGGCCUCAGAUUUCUAGCACAGAUGGGUAAUGAAUAAAUAGAACAUCAUUUACCAUAGUUAACUGAGCUACCGGAAAGCUAUCCCUGUUUGCAAUGAAGAGUAGGUUUUCCUGGGUGCAUAUUUUCAUAUUUGCCUUAUUGAUCACAUGCAUAUGUUGGAUGGUCUUGGGUCUAAAGCAGAGGAUUGGGAUUUAGCCUUCAGGGUUUUCUUGACCCAUGACCAACUGCAACUGCAUGUUACAAACACUCAACAGCACUUUUCCCACCACACAAACCAGCUUCUUGUUAUGAAGCAGUGAGGUGGCUUAGGGGAAGGGGUUGCUUAAAUAUUACUUCACUCACUGCUUCUCCACACCAGGUCAGAGCCAUCCAUGAGGAUAUAACAGAAUAGCACCACUUAAUCACUCCUUUAAUAAAAGUAUCACUAGGAUGUUGAUAUAAGCAGGUAUGCUUCUAAUGGUUUACUGUAUCAUAAAUCAGAGCCAAGGUUCAAUCUAGACUACCUAUGUGCCGCAGAAGGGAAGAUAAGCAGAGGCUACAGAGUUUAUGAUAGGUGGACAAAAUCUCUCCUCCACUUUGCUUUGGAGAACAGCCAGAGCACGACUAACAAUAUUUGCAAACCCUGAAACACCUUUUAUGUCUGUGGACUGGCUUUUGCUGUGUGGGUGGGAAGCUGCAAUAGAAGAGUGGGAAGAUUCAAUAACUAAUUCAUUAAUGUCACUUGAGCCUAAAAGACCCCCCCAGGGUUUCUUACAACAACUAAAACACAAUUCAGUAGAAAUAUAAAUAUAAUACUAUUUAAAAAGAGAGUUUAUAGAGCAGUCUUAACUCUGUGCCUGGGGAACAGCCACUGCUGUAUCCAAAGUCCUGCCAACUAGGGGGAAAAGGUGGAAUUUAUUUGUUGCACCAGUUUCAGGCUUGGACAGCUGAGGGGCAUGAAUCAGGCCCCUUACCUGAGAAUGGGGCAGCAUAAAGGAUCUAGAAGAUCCUUGGCUGGCCCAUCUCUGCUUCUGCCAGUGGGAAGACCCCCGGGUAGAGGUCAGUUCUGCAGUGCAGCAGAGCCUCCCCACCCCCCAGUAGCUGUCAGAGAGGUACCCGCCUUUCCUUCUCCCCCACCCAGCCAUCAACAUCCAAGGGUUAGGAUGGCUCCCCUAAUAACCAGUUUAAGUCUCCUUUAUGGAUAUGAUUUUCCCCCCACAGCAAAGAGGCUCAAAUUAAGCAUUAACUCAUCAAAACCUACAACAUUCAAUACAGUACAAAACACAUCAAACAAAUUCAAAUAGGACAAAAUAAUCAGUUCAGCAAGCAUCAGAUAAAUUCAGUUACUAUAAUGAGAUUAUACAUAGUAUAACAAGAACAGAGCUUAAUCAAAAUUAACAGGCAAUAGUCUAAUCCAUACUAUUGGUAGUAGCCUUGCUGCACUCCAAGAGACUGGAGCAGCCUUAUUUAUAUAAAGUUCAGAGUACAAGGAAAAUGCUCAGCAUCCCAGGUGUUCUGGCUGCUAGUUUUGCUCUUACAAGACAACAUGACUGAGUCUCAGCUACUUAGCUUGUAUAUGAAGCAAGAUAGUGAGGCAUUAAUUGUUGGUGUAUUUUAUUUCCCUAGUGGCCCGUUGUAAUCUUACCUCCAUUUAUCACAAAUGGCCCUCACCAAAUGAGCUGCUCUGACUGGGCCCAGAGCUAGGAUCCACUCAUAGUCUACCUUGUGAAAAAAAUGUGUUAAGCCAUCCUCAAAAGUUAUCACAUGCAUCACAGGAGGACAGCUUCCUUAACACCCUUGCUCUGCAUGUCAAAGCUUCAGUCAGCAUCAUGACAGCUUCUCAGCCAGCCCAGUCAACUCUUCUCCCUUUUCUUUGCAAUUGUUUCUUUACAAUUAUUUCCUUGCAAAAUAAUAAUAAUAUAGGAGAGAGCAUGCAACGUAUCAAAAACCAAUACGUUUCUGCUUCAUCUUAAAUGUUAAUCCGUUGUCUAUUUGAUCUCAGUGUAUUAUUUCUCAUCCUUCUUACUUCUAUGCUCUCCUUCAUUGUUGAAGGAACUAAAUCCAAGGGUGCGUUGCAAAACAUAUACCACAACAGCAUAGUAUUCUAUUGAUAUUUCAGAUUCAGGUGAAUGUCGUGACGAGUUUAUUGGUUGGUGGCCAUUAUUCACACACUGCCUUAGGAAGGAAAUGCCAAAUCUGCAACUGAUUUCCAGCUGAGUUAAAUCUUCAGAGCAGAUGUAUGCUAUUUAUUAUUUAUGCUUUAGUAGCAGCUGGGGACUCUGUUGUGCCAGGCUUAUUACAAGAAGUUAUUUUCCGAAGAGCUAAGUUGCAGACAACAGCUAGUCCCCAAUUCAGUAUGCAAGGACUAUACUCACACAGCAGCAUACCUGACAGGGACAUCAUACAAGGCCACCAGCAACCCAUUGCUUUUGCAUAGACAUCUUUAUUUAGUGGUCUGCAUUCCUGAAACUUGCAAAGAAACCAGGAGUGGUAUCCGAAUGAUGUGUCCCAUCAGUGCAAGGAUUUACACUUUCACAACUUUUGCCCUGUCUUGCCCCACCCCUCCUGUGUAUUUUCUAGGGGUUCCCCAUCUCAGCUGGCCUUAGAGUCUAAACCUAUGCACGCUUACUUUUUCUGGGUUCAUCUUUCUAGUGGGUACAUGUAGCAUUGCAGGCUUGAUUUUUCUCUAAGUAGGAUGACAGCUCCAGUCCAAACAGGAAAGAAUAAACCCCCAUAAAAGGGAUCCUAGGGAAAGACAAGAGUCCCUGCGUCUACAGACUCCUUACCCUUAAAGUGGAGGGAAGCAGAAGAUGCUGGCAAAACUGAGUUAGGUAUCAGGAAUGCAUCAGUCCUGUCAUGUGAGAACAGCAUUCAUCGCAGUCCUGCUGACCUUAUUUUUAGUCAAUUCAUCCAUCUUUGACCUCAAGGAAUUCCAAGCAAGAGGGGGUGAAAAACUUUGAAUAGAACAUAGAACCAGUUUCAAAUCCUCUUUUAUUUAUAUUCUUGAAGAGGAGGAGAAGGUAUUCCAUAACUGAAAAGUUGCAUAUGCUUUGCAGAAACAAGAAAGAAAUGAGAAGGAAAGGUCAAUUCCACAGCACUGAUGGAGCUUUUGAGCUUUUUUUAAAUCACAUUGUGGAUAAGUAUUUUGGGCUCUUUUCUAAGGUACGGGUUAUUAUUACUGUAAAGGAACUGACAGAGGGAACAAAAAACAUAAAAUAAUUCUGUCCAUUAGAUCUUGUUUCUUGAUUAUCAGGUUCCUCGUUUUCCAGAAGAGAAGAGGCAAGUUUUCACAUCUAGUCUUUGUAACAAGACAUGCAGUAGUAGCAAUUAGCUGUCUCCUCUCUGCUGGUCUCCGUUUCUCAUCUGGGCACUUGCAAUUACUGGUUUUCUUAUUACAAUGCAUCUGUCCAAGAGAGUAACGGGCACCAGCAGCCGCCCUAUAUAACCACUACAUAUAGUCACAGUGACCAUCAUUUCUCUGCAAGUGACUAGUAUUUAUAGAAGUGUGUAUGUGAUUUAUCACAAGUAAAUGUAUAAAAGACAGUAAUCUCUCCUCUGCUGGAACAUUGUAAAAACUGACAUAUGCAAUAAUUUUGCUCAUGGUGAUUACUGAGUAGAUGUGUUUCUCCAGAGACGAGAAUUGAGGUACCAUAGAGAGUUACAUAAAUCUGGCAGGGCUUUGUUUCCGCAGCUUGAAUGAGCCCAUGGUGACUGCCUGCCUCCGGGCCACUAGUCUCUUCUUCUGUCAUCCAUUCUGUUCAUUGUUAAAAUCCUAAUUUCAGAAUGGGUGGGAGGCCGGAGGAGCUGUCAUAAGAAUCAUAGUCAUUUUAUUUAUGUUCCACAUUUUCAACAAACACAUUGUGCUCACAAGAGAUGCACAAUAAACGGACAAUUUAAAAACAAUAGCUAAAGUAAAUACAAAUGAUGAUGCAGUUUAAAGUUUGACAAUUAGCUGUUUAAACGCAUCAAAAGUCGGUUAACAACAUCCAAUACUAAGAACACAAAUGUUAAACCCACAUUGUGGAAUCCAUUCAGCAGGUCAUAUGAAGAGAGCUAAUGAAAGAUGCAUAGCCCACAUCAUUCUAGUUGUAAAAAAGGAUAAGUUAAAACUAACAAAACUGAGCUGUCCUUAGCAGCAGCCUCCUGCCAAGCCAAGCCAAACACCCCUUUUAAAAGCCCUAUUUGUGUCUAGAUGUGCACUCACACACAUUCUCAGUGGGUUGACAGUCAGUAAUGCAUGUCGUGUUUUUUCCUUGUUGUCCCUGCUCUGAAUCAGGCUGUUUACUGGGACUCACCUGCAGCAGCAAUACUUGACGCAGCUGACGAAAACAGUGCUAGCGGCAGAUUAGUAUCAAAACUAAGGCAGCUUUGCAGAUAGGUUUUAAAAGGUUACUAUUAUUUGGCGUCUGUCAACAGCCUGGGUAUGUUAAGGGUGAGAUAGGGGAAGAAAGGGAAGAAAAACUAUAGACUUGUCUCAUUAUCAUUCAGUUUACAAAAGUGCUUGCCUGUCAGCUAUUCUUAUAUCUUACAGUCAGGCAAGUGGCUGUUUACAAGCCUGCUCUAGGGACCUCUACUUAGAUAUUGUUUAGGGUACUGGUAUAGUUUUUAUUUUUUAAAAAAAGGUUGAUGGGCUUCAGUGGUUCAGCAAUUCAGGAGAGCUUUAUUCCACCACUCCAAACGCCAUUUUGCAGCAUCUUGUUGUUUGCUGAUCUGUCUCAUGAUGAAUUGGAUUGAUGUGUCUCAAAUUUAAGAACUUGUGCUUGCUCACAAAGGAGGCCCAGGCUCUGGUAAAGGAACCCAGUGUGAGAAAUUAGCACAGAAGUAUGGAUUUUUGCAUCUGUCGACGGAUGGUCUCAUCCAGCAUGAAAUGUCAUCAUUAUCAGAAAGGAGCAGGAUCAUCAGAGAUAACCUGGAAAGCGGCAAACUUGUACCAGGGGUAAGCUGUGAUCCAGAAUCUGUGCAUCACACGGACACAAAACCCAAAGAAGGAAAGAACAUUUAGUGCAGUUAUGACUGCCAGUUGUUUGAAAGGAUGUCAGGAAUGGAUUGUGCAGUGGGGCUGGGCCAUUUAUUUGACCUCCCUGUGUCCAAGUCACAGAGACAGGGAGGAGCAGGGGCAAUAUAGUGACAGUUCAGAUGUACAAUGGAACACUGGAUUGGCUUCGCCAGUGUGCCUACGCCACAUUGACCUUGCUGCUGCCUUGCUGCUGCCUUGCUUCUCCCCAUCUUCAUCUGACUGUGCAGUAGUGACUUGGCCAGAGGGAGAUCAGGCAAGAGAUUCAGCCCCACUACAUUCUCUGCUACUGGAAUAAGUAUUUCACACAUUUCAGAAGAUCAUUUGUUACUAGCCAAAGAUUCCUUUGGCACCCUAAAAUUCAACCACAAUAUGGCACAAAAAGCAUGCUUACUUCAAGGCAUCAUAGGCUUUUUUGCCUCCCUCACACUGAUUUAGGCUAUUUUAGAAGCUUUCUCGGCAUACUAUAUUUACAAAGGUCCUGUGCUGAGUCAGCUGUUAAUCCAGCUCUGACUAUGAUGAGAUUAUUUUUUAGAAUCCAGUAGUUCAGUAACUAUGCAUUUUACUUCCUGAGAAAAUGUGCAAUGAGGAUGUUGGCGCAUCCUCAGCCAAUAAGGGUGGGGGCAUAGCACAUGGGCCUGAAAUGAUGCACUAGGAUUGGGAGUUUUGUCUGUGUCUCACUCCAAAGCACUGCGGUGUCAAAGUGGUUUCUAAACAAAAAUUAUUUAAUCUUCUUCCAUUAAGGAUAUUGUUACGGAUCUCCUGAAAGAAGUUAUACUUGCCAAUAUGGGAGGCACAAAUGGGUUCCUGAUUGAUGGUUAUCCUCAGGAGAUGAAGCAAGGAGAAGAGUUUGAGAGCCAGGUGAACAUUUAUUAUUAUUAUUAUUAUUAUUUAAAGAUGUUAUUGGUUUACAAAAGUAUGUGCAUUCUGAUUUUUUUCAGAAUGUAAAGUCUUUCCUACAUAUCAAUUACAUUUGUUACAAAACAUUAAUAUUGAGUACAGUAUAAGGUUGGGACGCAGGUGGCACUGUGGGUUAAACCACAGAGCCUAGGACUUGCCAAUCAGAAGGUUGGCGGUUCAAAUCCCCGCGACGGGGUGAGUUCCCGUUGCUCGCUCCCAGCUCCUGCCCACCUAGCAGUUCGAAAGCACGUCAAAGUGCAAGUAGAUAAAUAGGCACCGCUCCGGCGGGAAGGUAAACAGCAUUUCCGUGCGCUGCUCUGGUUCGCCAGAAGCGGCUUAGUCAUGCUGGCCACAUGACCCGGAAGCUGUACGCCGGCUCCCUCAGCCAAUAAAGCGAGAUGAGCGCUGCAAGCCCAGAGUCGGUCACAACUGGACCUAAUGGUCAGGGGUCCCUUUACCUUUACAGUAUAAGGUUGGGGAAGAAGUGAGGAGAGGAAGAGGAGUGGUGAAACAUAUUCUAGGUGAGCAUUAUCACAUUGUGAAGGGAAAGGCUGCAGCUCAACAGCAGAGCACUCGCUUGGAAUGCAAAAGGUUCCAGGUUCCAUCCUUGUCUUCUCUAGGUAGGUCUGGGGAACACUUCCAUUUGAAAACCCUGGACAGCCACUGCCAGUCUGGGUAGAUCGGCCUUCCCUAACCUGGUGCCAUUCAGAUGUUUUAGACUACAACUCCCAUCAACCCACACAGCAUGGCUGGGGACCAUACUGAGCAUGAGAGACUGGUGAUCUGGUUCAGGAAAAGGCACUUUCCUAUCUUCUAAUUAGGGCUGCCAGGAAUUUUUUUCCAGCAAGGGACCUGUGCCACGUGCUGCUCUGCAACAUGCCGAAAUUCAUAAAAAUGAUGUCUUAGUAUGCAGAUACCCUUCAGGAAAAGCUCUGCCUGCUGAACUCUUGUGUUUAAUGUUCAUACAUUGCAUAUCACUUUUUAUGCAUUGAGGCAAUCAAAGCACACAAAAUAUCAAUUUAGGAAUGCACCGAUACAAACUAUUUAGAAACCGAUACAUAUGCAGCGCAAUUUAUGUUUGCCAUAGAAUUGUUUAAAGAAAGAAGAAACCCAGAUAUAAAUAUAUAGACAAGACAGUGAGAAAAAGCACUGAGCUAUUUCAUUACAGAUCCAUAUGUUUUCCAUUCACAUUUUGAGUUUUCCCUUUUGCUGAUGGAAAGCUGGAACACAAUGGCUCUGCUGCAUCAGGGCCUUCUGACCCAGUCCUCAGGUCUCACAGUGGCCAAGCAAGAUGUCCAUGGAAAGCCUGCAAGCAGGACCUGAGUAUCCUUCCCACUUUGUUCCCUGAUAACUGGCACCGAUAGCAUUAUCCUCCACAAAUCCCUUGUCUAAUCCCUUUUAAAGCCGUCCAAUAGGUAGCACAUUACUUGCCAGCUACUUCAAAAUACCCUAAAUAAUUAGCUGAGAUGGGUUGAGGGGAAUGACGACAUACAUAUUCCCUCCCCCAAGCAGCUCCUUUGAGUCUUAUCUCUGUGCACCUGAUGCAAACUGCGCUGACAGGAUUUCAUUGAAUCCUUUAAUUAGGCAAUACCAAUGACGAGAGCAUUAUUAUUAUUUUUACCUUGUCAUAAUGCACUUUUUGUACAAAGUACUGAAGAUUAAUCCUGUCAUUAGAACACCAAGAGUCAUGGGCUUCACUUCCUCAUCUUGGCAAAAAUGGCCUCUUCCCCUCAAAUAAGCGGCUCCCUCCAGGAUAUUAUUAAAUUGUUCUCUCGUCAUUGUGAUGCAACAUUUUAAAAUAUGGCAUAGUUGAUUCCUCAGUUCACACCAACAGUGUUAUUGUGUCAGAAUAACUCCUCACUAGGUCAGAGACUAAUUUUUGGUACACUGGUGCCUCCUUGUGCAUGAAAUGAAUUAUGUUAUCAUCUGCUAUAUAACACUGCAUGGAGAGGUGUUUUUCCAUUAAAACAUCAUCUCAGGGCUGAUUUAGAUGUUGCAUUUUUGCAGCUUCAAGAGUCUCUGCUUCUACACUAGCUAUUUUAGUUAUUAUUUUCUUAAACAGCCAGCUUCCAAUGCUAAAUGGGCAAGCUUCUUUUGAAACAAACAGGAGUCUACAACAUGGCAGGGGGUUAAGCUAGUUGUAAGAAUCCUUUUACUUUACAUAAUAUUGCACAAACCUAGAAUCAACAAAUUGUAGAGUUGAAAGGGACUCCAAGGGCCAUCUAGUCUAACAUCCUGCAAUGCAGGAAUCUCAACUGAAGCAUCCAAGACUAAUGGCCAUCCAACCUCUGCUUAAAAACAUUGACUGAAGGAUAGUCCACCACCUGUUGUGGGAGUCUGUUCCACUGUUGAACUGCUCUUACUGUCAGAAUCUCCUUUCUUGUAACUUGAAUCCAAUGGUUUGGAUCCUAGCUUCUGGAGCAGAACACAAGCUUGCUGCAUCAUUGCAUGUGACAGCCCUUGAGAUAUUUGAAGAUGGCUAUCAUAUCUCCUCUCAGUCUCUUUUCCAGGCUAAACAUACCCAACACCCUCAAAAGGCUUGGUUUCCAGACCCUUUAUCACCUUGGUCGCCCUCCGCUGCACACAUUCCAGCUGGACAAUAUCCUUCUUAAAUUGUGGUGCCCAGAUUGGACCUUGUACUCCAGAUGGGGUCUAAGGCAGAAUAGAAUGGUACUACUGUUUCCUUUGAUCAGGACACUAUACUUCUGUUGAUGCAGCCUAGAAUAGCAUUAGCCUUUUUCUGCUGCUGCACAACACUGUUGAUUCAUGUUAGCUUAUGGUCUACUAAGACCCAUAGAUCGUUUUCAUAUGUACUAGCAAUCCAGCUGCCCCCAUCUCAUAUUUGUGCAACUGGUUCCUGCUGCCUAAGUGCAGAACCUUACAUUUGUCCCUAUUGAAAUUUAAUUUGUUAGUUUUGGCCCAGUUCUCCAAUCUAUUAAAGUCAUCUUUAAUCCUGAGUGUCUUCUGUGGCAUUGGCUACCCCUCCCAGUUUGGGGUCAUCUGCAGAUUUGAUGAGUAUCUGCUCCAUUCCUGUUUAGAUUGUUCUUGAGUCACCUGUCCCAGUCUUAUUCAACAUCUUUAUCAACGACUUGGAUGAUGGACUCAAGGGCAUCCUGAUCAAAUUUGCAGAUGACACUAAACUGGGAGGGGUGACUAACACCCCAGAGGACAAGAUCACACUUCAAAACGACCUUGACAGAUUAGAGAACUGGGCCAAAACAAACAUGAUGAAUUUUAACAGGGAGAAAUGUAAAGUAUUGCACUUGGGCAAAAAAAUGAGAGGCACAAAUACAAGAUGGGUGACACCUGGCUUGAGAGCAGUACAUGUGAAAAGGAUCUAGGAGUCUUGGUUGACCACAAACUUGACAUGAGCCAACAGUGUGACGCGGCAGCUAAAAAAGCCAAUGCAAUUCUGGGCUGCAUCAAUAGGAGUAUAGCGUCUAGAUCAAGGGAAGUAAUAGUGCCACUGUAUUCUGCUCUGGUCAGACCUCACCUGGAGUACUGUGUCCAGUUCUGGGCACCACAGUUCAAGAAGGACACUGACCAACUGGAACGUGUCCAGAGGAGGGCAACCAAAAUGGUCAAAGGCCUGGAAACGAUGCCUUAUGAGGAACGGCUCAGGGAGCUGGGCAUGUUUAGCCUGGAGAAGAGGAGGUUAAGGGGUGAUAGGAUAGCCAUGUUCAAAUAUAUAAAAGGAUGUCACAUAGAGGAGGGAGAAAGGUUGUUUUCUGCUGCUCCAGAGAAGCGGACAUGGAGCAAUGGAUCCAAACUACAAGAAAGAAGAUUCCACCUAAACAUUAGGAAGAACUUCCUGACAGUAAGAGCUGUUCGACAGUGGAAUUUGCUGCCAAUGAGUGUGGUGGAGUCACCUUCUUUGGAGGUCUUUAAGCAGAGGCUUGACAACCAUAUGUCAGGAGUGCUCUGAUGGUGUUUCCUGCUUGGCAGGGGGUUGGACUCGAUGGCCCUUGUGGUCUCUUCCAACUCUGAUUCUAUGAUUCAAUCUCUCCUACAAAAUCCAUGUGGAUGUUGCAUUCUGACCUCACUCCCAUGAGGAAGAAUGCUAUGCUGUGAUCAGCUCUUCUAUUCAGUCAAUUUUCUCAUUUUUUUUCCAGAUUGGCGAACCAUCUUUGAUGCUCUGCAUGGACUGCUCCUCUAAGACAAUGAGCAGCCGCCUUCUGAAAAGAAGCCAGAGCAGCCAGUGCUCCGAUGGCAGUGAAGAAGCCAUCAUGAAGAGCAUCCAAAAUUACUACCAAGCAAUGGAGCCUGUGAUCACCUAUUAUGAAAACAAAAUUCCAUUGUUUAAGGUAAACCGGCUAGGCUUUGGAACUGGACUAUGGUACAGUGGUACCUCGCAAGACGAAUGCCUCGCAAGACGAAAAACGCGCAAGACGAAAACGUUUUCCGUUUUUUGAGUCGUUCCGCAAGACGAAUUUCCCUAUGGGCUUGCUUCGCAAGACGAAACGUCUUGCAAGUUUGUUUCCUUUUUCUUAAAGCCGCUAAGCCGUUAAUAGCCGCUAAGCCGCUAAUAGCCGUGCUUCGCAAGACGAAAAAACCGCAAGACGAAGAGACUCGCGGAACGGAUUAAUUUCGUCUUGCGAGGCACCACUGUACCUUCUUCUUCUGAAUACAUCCAAAGGGCUAAGAGCUAAUUUACAUGUGCUGUAAGCUUUCCAAGAGGCCAUAAUCCUCUCCUAGGUUUGCACCAGGGCAUAUGCACCAACCACAAUGUUCAGUUUGAAUAUUGGUUUGGCACUUUGGAAAACAGUUUUGUCAUGGUCCAAAGCAUUUUGGAGGCUGCCUGGUUCCUAAGAGCAUAUGAAGAACCCAGUGGGAUCAGGCCAAAGGCCCAUCUUGUUCUCACAUUGGCGAGCCAGAUGCCUAUGGGAAGCUCACAAGCAGCACCCUGAGUGCAGAAGCAUCUUUCUCAUUUGUGAUUCCCAGCCACUGGGAUCCGGAGGCAUAAGUGAGUCCCCUUCACUACUAGAAAAUGAGGAAAUAGCUGUAACUUUUUUUCUUUUAUGACAGAAGUGGGUAACAUUUGCAAGCAUGCUGGCCCACCAACUUAGAAGCAACUAGGUCUCUGGAUUUUUGUGUUGGGCACUUUAGAAAUAAGGGUCGUUGUGUGUUUUUUAAGGAAACAUCUUGUUUCUUUUCGGUAGCUCCCAACCUCUAGUAUAGGGGAAGGCAGUCACUUAGGUAACUUGGUUCCAAGUUGUGCAUAGCUUUAAGAAAAUCUUGAAAAUGGCUCUGUGGCCUGUUAAUAGCUCAGUACUUAAUAUACUCAACUGCACUGUUUAACUAAAGCACUGAAUAAUGCCCUAUUGCAGGACUAUUCAAAAAGGUCACGCACACACAUUCUAUCCUGAAAUAAAUUUCAUAAAACUUAACUAAAAAUAAAAACCAGGAAAGCAAGCUUUAUUUUCUAGCCCACAGGGCAUCUCGCGGCUACUGAGCAUGCUCAUUCCUCUUCAGGCUGUUUUGUUUUUGCCCUUAGGAUUUUUAUACUUCAACAGAACUGAAGGUUAUCUCAAGCAUGGUGCUGCUUCUCAGCAGCAUUUUGACUAAUCCUGUAGGCACUCACCUCCUGAAUUUGCAUCGGAGGGAAUAAUUAUAGAAUACCAGAAUGGUUUCCUUUUUGAGGUUCAGCUAUCUGAUGCAUAAAAUCUCCUUUUUUUAACAGAUAAAUGCAGAAGGGACACCAGAAGAGGUUUUCCUUGAAGCAUGUGCUUCUGUCGAUGCUUUUCUGAAAAAGGAAGGAACGGCAUCAUCUCUUUCCGUGUAAUUGCAACGCUUUCUAUCUCAUAUGCACAGUCGGUGGUCAUCAAAAAUCCUGUCUAAAGCCACAGCUGCUGCCUUGAAAGAUUAGUGCAUAUUGUAAACUUUGUAAAAAAAAUUCAAAUCUGUAUAACCCAUACAGUACAGUAACAUUCAAGUACUGUAUGUUGUCUAUCAUACGGUUUGCACUUUGCAGGUUAAAAAGCAGCAUGGUAAACAACAACUCUAAUUCCUAGAAAUCAUGUCUUGCAUUUCACUAUUACCUGGUAUACUAUACAGCAUCCGAGUUUCCAGUUAACUGACAGUCAGCAGAACUGACAGAAAUGUUUUGUUUCUGUAAAUUAACAGCUCAGUUCUGAGACUAUUUAAGCUUGCUUUUUUUUUUCUUAUAAUGCUUGAAAAAAUCUGUUUUCUGACAUUUUAUCUUACUGGCGGAACAUGCCUGCAGUUGAGUUGCAGUCAUUAACACAAAGCAGCGGAAGUUAAGAAAUCUUCUGAAAAAGUGGUAUCUUAUUAUACAAUGUAGUAAGUAAAAUGUUAAGCAGUUAACAAAUAUGAUUAUGGGAUCAGCUGCUGUGUCAACACCAAAAUGGGUACAAACAGCCUAUGUACUUAAAUGUGAUAAUGUAAGGAUAUUGCGGUCUGGUUAAAACAACAACAAACCAGUGCCAAAUAUUGCUGGUGCACUUAGUGUAUAAGCACUUAUAGUAUUUGAGUGUCAAAAUACAUAUGUUAAGAUAGCUAACAUGCACCCUUUAAAGAAUAUGGGGGCAUCACAUCAGUACAUGUUGUUUUCUGUUGUCUGACAAGUAUUUCAACUGUAAAUCUCAAUUUUAGGUCCUUCAUUGCCUGAGGAACAUGUGAAAGAGAUGUGUUUUACUCAGCCUGUGUUUAUAAAUCGGCAAGCACACUCUUUGCACAAAACACAAUGGGUUGAGCCAAAGAAGAUUGGGCAGAAUGCCACUGAUGCAGUGAUGCUCCCCUGGCUCCCCCUCCUCACUAAAAACCCCUGCACACCCUAAAAUUGACUCCUGGUAUAGGAUGAGACAUAGGGGCUCAGGGAAAUUAGAGGAUGUUGGUAGGGGUGCCUUGCAUAAGUAGAAGUACUUUUCCACUCAAGUCAAGGUAUCUCUGGACACAAGUAAAAUUGAUUUCACAAAUAAGUAAAAAUGCUGAGAUUUUCUGAACAAGAUAAAAACAUAUUUGAUUUCUUCAGAAUUGGCUCCUACCUUCUCCUGGACCAUCUACUAUUUCUUCUUGCAUGAUUCAUCUCUGUCAACAGUUGCAUUUUGAAGCAGAUUUGUAUUUUUCAAGCUACUUUUAUUGUACUGAAGAUGUAAAACAAAUAAAAUGUAUGGACAAACGCUAG